GGCUUGCUCUGCUGCUGAAUACACUUGAUCAUUUUCUCUUUGUAUGCACAGGCUUCUUAACACGAUAGAACUUUACAGAAUUAACCUAGCCACACUUCCUUCCGUUAAACAAUGCACAUAAGUCAACUCUUUUCUUCAGAGCCCUUUUAAGAGCAGAUUGAUGUGGUGAAGUGAAUUCACCGUGCGUUUUCUUACACUUUGCCUCUCUUUUUUCAACUUCCUGCACCCAUUAAGAAAUACCCCGCUUCAGAUCUCAAAAGCAACACCCAAGGUGGGGCAGGGAGAGAAACAAGACAGGCUAUCAUGUUCAUGUAAAUGAGGCUGUUUUGAGUUGUGCAGAUGCGGAAGCCGCUGUCACCGGUGAACGGAAACAGCCCUGCUGUAGUACUAAAAGCAGCUUUAUCAUUCAAUUCAGUAGUUGUUUGGCAAGCUCAUGCCCAAGAUGCACAUGGAAGAGGAGGAUCUGGCUGUCUCUGAUGAAGCAGAUGAUAUCUUCUGUGAAGGUAAAUGAUCUCUAACAAAGCUGCUGCUGCUUUUGCCGUCACAUGUUGAAGAUAGGGUGUCCACAUUAUAUUUCUUAAAGGAUCAAGUGUUCUUGAAGAGUCAGGAAGCUGCAGGGAUGAAAACACACCACAAAGGGAUGCCUUUCUCCUGUUAAAUAAAAAGGCAUUGUGGGUGUGAUAUAACGAAUGAGAUUCAUAUUAGUUACAGAGAAAGCUUACUGCAAAAGAGGGCAGUAGGCUUUAAGCUAGUCCUGCAGCCCUAGUCUGAUGCACGCUUACUCACAAGUAGAGUUAAGGAUUUACACCCUACCAAAUAUGCAUAGAAAAGGUAUAGAAAACUAUAACACUAAAUCUAUAGUUGCAGGUCGCAUGUCACUAAAGUCGUUGCCCUUACACAUGUGCAUAAACAUUUGCAACUCCUACUGAUGUAAUUUUUAGCAUGCAAGUAAAAAUCAACUUCAGAGCGGCUUGGCUGGCUUAAGCAGUUGUAGAUCAUGUCUCCACAUCUCCAGAAGCGAAGAGUAUUACAACCACCUGAGAGCCAUUUUCAGCUGGAUUAUAAAACUGUGAAAGCAACAGAGAAUGAUUUAUCUGUCUAUCAUUGUUUUUGCUAUCCUGUCACAGCUUUUCUUGUGUUGUAUAAUGUUAGGAUCUGCAUAGAACUAUAGCACGAAGUUCAAUGAACUUUUGGGUGGUUUAGCUCAUGUGCUGCAAGCUGCAGUUCCCAGUUGAAAUCUCAGCUUGGCCACAAACCUUUCCUCAGCAUUCAGUCUCCAGUCUAUAUUAGGGAGCUAAUAAAAUUGACCUAUUUUACAGUGUACCUGGAACACCAGGAUUUUGCUACAUAAAUGUAAGAGACCCUCUGGGCCCACCACCCAUGAUAUCCUGAUAACAGCAUGGUAGGGAGGUAGGAUGGGUGGGGUAUAUGUUUGUGGGACCCAUCUCUCUUGCUGAAUUUGUAUUUUCUUCUGUCUGGAACAUUUGGAACAGUUUUGCUUGUUUUAUAAUUGCAAUGGUUUUAUCUGUUUUCAUAUUUGUGCAUUCUGUUGUUGGAACCUUUGGGUAAAAAAUAUUUUGAGUAACUAAAUAAAUAAUGGCAGUGGGCUGCCUGCGACUUGUAAGAAAAGCGCAGCCAAUGCCAUCUUAAUUUUUCCAGAAUGCCACAUUGGGGCUCAGAGGCCUGUGUGCGUGUGUACAACUUGCUGAAAGGUCAUACAUUUUGGAGCCUGAGAUAGUGAAGGGUCAUUAGAAGCAAAUUUAGUGAAGGUCUCAUCGGCUGCUCUGAAAUAUUUCAUUGUUUGGUAUGACAUCUUUGGUGUGGUAGAUUUGCACAGGAGUAUUGAUUCAUUCACUAGUGGACAGUACAUUCAGCAUGGCAGUACAUACCAGAGAAUCCAAGAAUCCAUCCAAUUUCUUUUUCAUUGUAUGAUGCUUUCUAAUUUGAAAGUUAGCUGGUCUUGAGCUGAUGGAGCUUGGAGGCAACUGGAAUGACUGUUGAUGAUGGGCAAGCAUAGCUGUGGAUACAACAACAGUUUCAUGACAAUAAAAAGUGGAGGCUGAAUAGAACUCUGCAGUGCACCAAAUCUUUAAAACAGCACAUUAACAUCUCUCAACAGGUGGUGAAACUGAGUCACUUACUGCUACCCUACCACAACAGGUGUAUCUGUUUGCAAUGAAGCAGAAGGGAGCAUAUGCCUUUAGUUACUGGGUUCUUACGUAUUUUAUUCUUGCCUGCCAAGGAUCUCUGUGCAUCUUUAUUCUGAUUAAUCAUGUAUGCAUAAUCCAUAAGAAUUCAGUUUAUACAAACAACUUGGUUCUCCUUCCUUUUGAACAGCUGGUGAUUUCACACGUCCCCAUCCCCCCUUUAAGUCUGUGUGUAUGACAGCUAGAGAUACGUACUCAAAGUAGCUGACAAAAACAAUCCCCUUACCUAGCUGGGUAGGACAGGUUUCUUUCCUACUCUGAAUUGCUUUGCCUGUCAGCAGCGUCCACUCACUUCUGGUUUCAAACAGAGUAAUUGUAAGAUCAGAAGUGAAAACACCUACACAAGCCAAAUGAUUUGGGUCAGGCCCUGAAUAAGCUGCAGGUGGUAAACUGCUCCAAGGUUGUUUUGUUUGUAUUGCCUUUAUCACCAUAACAUUCUGGCAGAGUGAAGUCACUGGAGAGAAAGAGCAUCUAUUGAAAGAGGCGCUGUUUGAUUUCUAUAGCAAAACAUGGUGAACACUUCUGUACUUCUCCACCUGCUGUCAUUCUUUAGAAGACAAUUUAAAUAUCUCCAGGUCAGAUAAACACCCACAUGUGUGCCAAUGCAUUUAGCAAAGUCAAUGUACCUUUCUGUAUAUUUCUUGAAAGCAUAAGCCUGUUACCCUUUUUUUAUAUAUUGAUGGGAGGUUCUGCUGCUGCUAAGAUUUUUCCAUGAUUUCACAUUGGCUUGGUUUGCACAGCAAGUGGAGAGGAAUUCAUAGCUGCUUUGCUCCUCCCAGUCCCUUUGCUGCCAUGCUGAGAUAAGGUUUGGCUUAGCAUGCCAUCCGAACUGGGAUUUGUGGUUAAGGUCUGUCUUCACUAAACACAAGCCGUAGCCAAGGUUUGUUCUUUGCUACUGUUCAUGGUUGGUGGUGAGAGAACUUAACUAUGAGUCCAGGUUUGGAUGACACACUAAUCCAAACCUUUGCUGAGCUCAAUAUGGUACUAAAAAGGACCACAGAGGAGACAAUCAGUUAAGACCUCCCCAGAAGUCGGCAGAUUUGUGCAGUCCCAGUAUGCCAUAGUUUGGUUUACUGUGUCAUGUGAACCAGUGCUGGCACAAUGAAUCAUAGAAUUGUAGAGUUGAGAGGGAUCACAAGGGUUGUCUAUUCCAACCCCCUGCAGUGCAGGAAUCACAGCUAAAGAAUCAUGACAGAUGGCCAUCCAACCUCUUUCUUAAAAACCUCCAGUGAGCCUGACUUGGAGAGUCAUUGGCCAAUUACAACGAAAAAUAAAUUAUGAUUAAAAAGCACCAUAGAUUAUCUUUGAAGAUGUUUAGUAGGGCCAGUUCUAGGAUGACUUCUAAUACUUGCUUAGUUCUUUUGCAUAUUUUUUGUAUGAUUGAUGUCCAGAUGCGUUGGAUUUUAGGACAUUCCCACCACAUGUGCCUGUGGAGGUGCAUCUUCUACAGCAUUUUGAUGAGGUUCCUGGGCGAAUUAGCAUUAGUUUCCAUGGUGUUAGGUACCACCUGUAAGUGAGUUUAAGAGUGCAUUCUUUUAUUUUCACUGAUAUGGAUUUAAAGGGAGGUUUAGACCACAUUCUGGUCCAUUGGGUGGGGUUAAUCUCAUAGCCUAAAAAAUGGAAUGGCUCUUCAAAGCACAUACUUUACAGUGCCAUACUAAUCAUAUCUAGUAAGCUGUAUUGAAUUCAACAGGGCUUAUACCCAGGUAAAACGGGGGUUAUUAGAUCUCUCUCAAGACAUAAGAGAUUAAUUAAUAUUAGCCCCUAAUUUAUUGCAAUGUCCAUGAGACAGCUACCCAACACCAUGCCUAUGCUUGCCUUUAGGGCCUUAAUUGUUCCCAUUCUUUCCAUUUUCCAGCUGAGUAACUUGCUUGGAUGCUCUUAUGCUACAUGACAUAUUUUUCGGCUGUUUCUGCUAAGAUGACACAAAGUUUCUCAAACAUUCCACAGCAGUAGAGAUAUCUCACUUCAAAGAUGUUUGAGCAAAUAGUGAGCCUGAAACUUGCCACCAAGAAUCUCUGAGAUCCUUCUCAUUUAUUUAUGUGUUUACUUUAUUGAAUAUUAAUUGCAUCAUUCUCCUUUAAAUGGAUCAUCUUUCCAUUUGCCCUUUGCAGUAAAGACAUACAAAUCCCUACGUAUGUGCAUAUAACCCCGAAACACUUUUAUUUAUUUAUUUUAAAAAAAUGUUAUACAGAAGGUGGAUAUUGUGGUAGCAACGGUAACUUGCUGCACAGCCUGCCUGCCAUAGAAAAGCCUUUGGUGGCAUUGGGCUUACCUCUUCUGAUUCUGAGCGACAUUGUUUGCCUUUGGUUUUGCUGCUUGGGAGAGAUAGCCAGGGCGAGGCAGACAGUAAAAGAAAUAAGAAGCGAGGAAAGGAAUGCUGGGAAGAAGGUUCAGGGCAAUGACAGGAAGAGAAGAAGACCUGAGGCAAAGAGACAAAAGGCCAAAAUGAGCAGAGAGAAGAAUUACGUGUGGCUAGGAACUACAGAACUGAGAAAUGCCAAGAAUCACAUAUUGAUUUGAAUAACUACUGCAAUUAAAUCUUUAAUUCUGGUGAACAGUUAAUAUCCAUAGCCAGGUAAAAAUACCCAUUGCGUCCCACUCACCUGGGAGUAAGCCCUGUUGAAUUCAAUGUGGCUUUCUUCUGAAUAGACGUGAUUAGGAUUGCGCUGUAAAAGCCUUUUGAACAGGGAAUGUUUCAACAACUUCUGAAUGUCAGAAGUUGGGCACCUGUGUGUCCCUGUGGGGCAGUGUUCCAGAGGCCUUGGGACCCUGUUUCUAAUCCCCACAGGUAAUUCAUUGCCUAGAGCUGAUUUGCUUAUUGGGUCAUGCAGCCACAAUCUUGCUUUGCCUUCUAUUGAGAUGUUCCUUCUAGAAUUGUAAUUGCAUAGAAUUUGGAUGGUAUGGUUUAAAAAUUUAUAAGCUGCAUUCUGCCUCCCCCUCCCACAGCUGCUGCCAAUGCAUGUUAUAAACUCCAUUUUUGAAGCUCAGGAAGCAUUAUAUAUAUAGGUUAAUACUCUUUCUUAGAUAGAAAAGGUGCAAGUAGCACUGCUAUCAAGACAGUACAUUGAAAGGGUACCUUUUGCUUUGAAUAAGUGAAAGGACAGACAGAUGGAAUACAUAAUGUGAGCACUGGAGGGAUAAAACAUGAACAUAUAGUGUUGUUCAGGAAGGCCAUUAACAUUCCAUAAGGGUUUAAGAAAACAGAGAUGACCUCUUUAAAAUGUACAAAACACUUCUUUAAAAUUCCAAACUUGUAGAUUAAAAGAGAAACACUGAAAUGCACAAAUAGAUUAGGGAGAGAGAGAAAAUUAAAUGGGCUUCCCCCUCGUAAGUAACCACAAAGCCAUACAUAAUUUAUGAAUGUGUGUGUAUAUAUACAACUUUUCCCCCUUAAGGGUUCAUCAGACACAUUGCAUGACCCAGUAAUGGCUGCCUGUCUCUUCUAAUCCUCGAGACCAGAAAUGAUCAGCUAGCAGUUCACAGGCCAGCUCUCUCCCCGCAGAGCAACUUUAUCUAGCCUCCAGUUUCCCUACCAAUUUUUAAAGCAAGCGGAGUAGAAGGGGGAAAUGUGCAAACGAUUUCCUUUGCAAAGGAGAAAAUGCAAUGGGAUUGUGUUUGUAUCUCAUACGCAUUUCAUUUCGUGUCCCUUUCAAACCCAUACUGGUAAGCAAGGAGGCCAAGGAACACUGCCUUUUGAGAGCGCCUCAGCUUUUGCCACAUCCUCAUACCACCCAAAUGUUCAUGCCUGUGAGGCCGUUGCCGGUAGGUGGGUAAUGCCAACUUUAUUACCACACAAACCUUUCUCAAAAGUUUUCCUUUGGCAACACACUGCCUUUGACUAUGUUUUUUCUGUCUUAAAACACAAUCCUAUGAUUGCUAUAUUCAGAAGUAAGUCCCACUAUGUUCAGUAGGAUUUACUCCCUAGUAAGGGAAUUCAGAAUUUCAGCUUAAGCUAUAGUUUUCGUACUGAAACUUUCCAUAGUUUAAAUAUAUUUAAGCUUGGCUAGUAUUAUAAGAACAGAACAGACUAUGCAAUGGAGACUUUAUUCUGAUUUUGCAGAGCAUGGAAAGGAUUCUGAUUUUGUACUUAAACCUGAUUAUUAAUAGAUCACUUCUUCAGUACAACCCACCCUCAUACUUGGAUCCUAAAUCUCUCCCCUACCCCAACAAUGCCAUCAACAAGCAAUUUUUGGAAAUAUCCUUUGAAAUUUUGCAUUUCCCUUUCAUAAUGAUUUCCUUUAAUAACGAUACUGCUUCAAAAUAAACAUAUGCAAUAAAUAUUGCAAAUUCUACGCAUUUUAUGGGAAGCGCUGUUCUAUUUUAACAGACACGCCUUCAUAUAUUUUUUCUUUUUUCAUUUUAAAAAGGCAAGUCAGUCAUCUCCCAUUCCUCCAAAAAACAUUGGAAUAUUACCAUGUAUUAUUUGGUAACGAUUCUGUAGCUGCCCAGUCUGCAAGGUAUUCUACUUGUUGGGAGACUGAGAGCAACUUCUCAUGAAAGCUUUCACAGCUCAUUUAUUUUGCCUAUCCCCUUUGGUUUAUCUCCCACUCCAAGGGAACAUGAAUGCACAUGGAACUCCCUGAGCCCUGGUGGAAAGAAAGGAUAAUUCUCUCUGGUUCAUCACCAAGGCAACUGAAAUUUCCUAUAGAAUUUACUUCUCAUAGCAGUGUUGUUUUUUUUAAGUUCCUGCUGUACAUCAGCCCCUUGAGAGAAAUCUGGAGCUCUGGGGAAGAUGGUGUUUCUCUUAUAUGUGUCUCCCACCAUUGAUUUGAUAGAACUCCUCUUCCACAGCCUUCCCACAGAGUUAAGAAGUGUGCAAAGCCCUUUAUGCCUCCUAGCUUAACACUUGCUGAAAAACAGCACUGUCCCUUGAGAGAAGGCUUACACGAACACAAUUUUAUUUAGUCUUUAAUAGAUGUCUUCACAAAUGUUGCCCUGGUUCAUGCAUUGUUAUACUUGAUGUCUUUGCAUUGGGGGGGGGGGAGAAUGAUAAACCUCCUCCCUUCCAUCAUGGAGAUUAAUGGAUUGUCUGGGCUGAAUGCCUCUCACAUAAUUUAUUUCCCACAAAAAGGGAGGGAGGACUGAGCCUCCAUGUGAUCAGACCUUCACAUGGAGACCCUGACUCAAACAUUUGGGUUGGGUAGAGGGGAUAGACCGCAUUGUUCCUUCACCUCACAAAGGCCCUAGGGAGUGUAUGAACCAGGCCCUUGACAUUUAUAUAUAUAAUGUCAGUGGCUUUUUGUGUGCUGGCACCACACACCUUUGGAAUGGUUUUUUCCUUCCAAGCAGCUCGCACUGGCCUGAUAUUGCUGGGACACUCUAUUCUAACCAUUCACCAACAAGUCAUACCUUAGGCACUAAUGAUUGCCUUUUGAUUACUUCAUUUAAAGUAAUUAAGGCAUCAAGUCCAUAUUUAUUGGUGUGAUGCUGAUAAUGCCAAGGUUGUUUGGGUGUUGUCAUUUUGUUUAAUCCUUUAAGCCACAGCCCUUGGUACUGUUCAUCAGUAGCAUCUCAUCUGAUGCAAAUUUGUUGGGUUUUUUAGCUCCAAAUCUAUAACAAUACCAGUAAUUAAUGAUAGAUUCCAACUAAAUGUCAGGAAGAAUUUUCUGAUAAGAGCUGUUCAACAGUGGAACAGAUGUCCACGAGAGGUGCUGGACUCUCCUUCCUGGGAGGUUUUUAAAGCAGAGCUUGGAUGGCCAUCUGUCAUGUGUGAUCUAGCUCAGAUUCCUGCAUUGCAGGGGGACAUAAUGGGGACAUAACAAAAACAACAACCUAGAAGCUAUUUCCCCAGAGGGGAACCAUACUGGGCUCUCCCAGCUAGCUUAAUGAAUGCCUGUACAGCCCAGCAUGACAUUUUUCCUGUCAAGGCAACCAACACUGAAAGGAGAAGUGUCAGGCACAGUGCAUGCAGCCGCAUGUCCCUUCUGCUUGUUCCUGCUACUGCCUGCCCCCCAUCCUGCAAUCUAGAGGCCCCACUAAGGAGGUGCUUUGGGAGGUGGUGCCACAGGGAAAGCACACUGGGUGGGGUCUGCCAGGAGCUGCCAGGAGGGAGGCAAGGGGCAUUUUUCCUGGAGGAGCCUCAAAUCUAAUCCUAGAUCUGCAAACAUGGCUACAGAAAAAGCCAUCUCUUCAAUCCUAAUCCAUCUUGUAUCUGCCACUGAUGUGAUGUUUGAAGGAGAGCCUCUAGAGCAGCCUUUCUCAACCUGUAGGUCCCCAGAUGUUGUUGAACUACAACUCCCAUCACCCCUAGCUAGCAAGCUCAGGGAUGAUGGGAGUUGUAGUCCAACAACAUCUGGGGACCCACAGGCUGAGAACCGCUGCUCUAGAGCAUACUUUAAAAGGACAGACGGGCUCAUGCAGGAGGAGCAUUCUUGUAGGUGUCCUGGACCCAAGCCAUUUACAGGGAGCACCCAACACUUAAGGUUGCACCCCCAACACUAUUCAGCGCCUGUAUUUGUUGUGGAUGAGAAAGGGUGUUGGAUUUCUGCAAGGUUGUUUAAAGGGUGCAUUAUGAAUGUUGGAGGGAAAGGGAAGGGACAGUGCCAGUGAAACAUGAGAGGAAAGGAGAAAAGGGAGAGGCACAAGAAGAAGAGGAUGCUCUAAAUGAAAAAGUUGAUUUCUCUGUUCCUAGCAUUUACCCACCACCUGCUGGGUAUCUGAGUCCCAAAUUCCACAUAUUCACUUUCAGCGGGGUAAAGUCAUUGCUAGCUUAUCAUACCUCUUCCAUUUCACACGGCAUAUAGUUCUUAUAAAUGUUCCUCCAUAUGUUUGACAAUUGCUAUUUACUGCAUAAGAGAAGCUGUUGGUCUUGGCGCCUUCUACCUGGCAUUGUAAAUGUCAGAAAUGGAAGCACAUUCAUUAAAAAAAAUCUACCACAUGUAACUUACAAGGGAAAAUGAACCCAGAGAGUAUCAUCUCCCAAUAUCUGCGCAUAGUGGGGAGUCUUAUUGGAGAAAACUUAAAAUACAACGUACACUUACCUAAACUGUAGCAAUAUAUAGUUGCACCAUUGCUUGCUUGUGCAACUAGUUCAGUUCUAUGUUGAAUUCUAGCGAAGUCCUUUUGCAAUUCUCUCCUCCACCACAGCCCUUCCUCCUUUACCAUUAGAUUCCAUGACAUCACAUAAUAGGAACAUUCAGUGCAAAAUGUCUUGUUACAUGGGAUUAGUGACAGCAAUAGGAGUACAGAAACAUUUCCUCACCCUUCUGCUAUGGGAACUGCAUAGACUGGUAGUUUAAGCUAAGAUACAGAUGCAGCAAUUAGAGGGUUGCCACAAGAUUACCAAAUAUUUAAUGGGGACACCCAUUUUCUUUUCAUUGGUUCUAGGUUUAUGCUCAUCUUGUGGCAGCUUCAAAAUCAUUGCAUGCCAAUCUUGCUCAUCUUAUAAUAACCUCCAUGUAGAGCCAUAUGCCCAUCAUAUUGUCACAUGUUGACACCUUUUUGAGGGUUUCAGCUAAAGUAUGUUUCGAGAUCCUCGCUUGUCUCAAUUCUUUUGAGACAUUUCCCCGUAAUAUUUUUAUUUAAUAGUAUUUGCUUUAAAAUCCUGAGAAGUGAGCGGAUUUAGCAUAAGUCGGCCACAGAAUAAAUCCAAUUUUACUCUUUAGCCACUUUCACGCGCCAUGAAAACAUGGCCUGAGUGGAGUUACAAAAAUGAAAAUCUAAAGGAAUUGCAUUAUUUAUUAAGAUGCACUUAAUUUCUAGAAAGCCUACCAUAAUCAUCUUACCCAGCAUCCUACAUUAUAAUUGAAUUAUCUGUUGGAUAUACUAACAAGCAAAUGGUUAUAUGUAUGUGCAUUAUCUCAACAACUAAAAAAAGCUUUCUUAUAUUAAUUAGAUUCUGUUCUGCCACAUAAGGGAAUCCAAAUUGUAGAGAUGUUAUUGGUGGAGAUGGCAUGGUGAAAAAGCAUAGCAUGAUUUUUCUUUUUCCUUUUGUCUCCUUGAACAAAAUUGUUGCGUUGUUGGGGAGAAGCCUCAAUAAGUUAUAAUGUUGACUCAGUUGGGGAAAACUGCAAGGAUUGAGAAGUGUAACCACGUUAAUCUCUUGCCGCAAAAAAACAAAACACAAAGCAAAAGAGUCUUAACCACUUUUUUUCCAGCAUAAGCUGUUGCAAACUACAAUCCACUUCACUAGAUCCAGAAAGUGCUAUCCUGAGUUACACACACAAGAAAGACCACAGGUAGAAAGGAUUGAAUUUUUUUUGGGGGGGGGGCACUGUAGUAUUUUUUAGAUCUCUGGUGCUUUGCAAGCUUUUUGUUUUGUUUUGGCAUUUUGCUUUAAAAUAUCAGGACUAUGAAAUGUUGCAGUUAAAGAAAAGAUGUCCUGCUUUUGUGAAUGUUGACUUUUCUUCAGAUGAAUGACACAAUAUGUUUGUACCUUGCUUUUGCUACCAGGGUUGUCUGUGAGGUUGGCUAGGCUACAUUAAUAUAUGUAGCAGUUUUUGCGAAUAGAUUGCUGGGGGUGGGUGCGCCCAGGCACCGAGGCACAUAUAUAUAGCAUGCUAGGCCCAGGGAAAUCCUGCUGGCAUUCCUGUUUACUCAUGGAGGGGGUACUGUAAACUGUGAGGUCAGAAGAAAAUGAAAUUCAGAAAAGCCCAGACAUUGAUAAUUAUGUAAUUCACAGUGGUUCUUCACAGAACAGUUGCUGAUAACUCAGACAUCCUAGCAUUGGUAAGACAAUGCGUGCAAUGCCAAGAGAACUUGUCCUUUCAUCAUUACUUGCGAAAGAUUUAUUAAUACAUUUAUUCUUUCUUUUUUUUUAAGAAUAAUUUUUUAUUAACCGACCAAUCACAUCAAAUCAAACCAAAUUACAUAAAUUCCAAAUUACACAGCCGAAUUUUAAAUUUUUGUUGGGGGUACCCAUAUUUCAAGUUCCGAAGGGGAUCCAAUCAACUUCUUGCUUCUUACUGCUGUUUUAAUGUCCACAAAUCUAACCUUAUGAUGUUCACAGUACUAUCCAGUCCUUUCUUAUUGUUUUUCCACAUCUCUUGUUGUUAUUUUCAUAUAUUUUUCCUUUCUCUUUGUGACCGCUAAUAGUCUCCACAAGCUGGUUAGAACAUUUUGUAAUCCUGCGUGGAUAUUAUUUUUUUUAUCCAGUAGCCAUAUCCAGACGUUUUCCAUAUAACAUCACUUCCAUACAUCAAAACAGUCUUAGCGUCAUUAAUCUUCACCAAUCUGCCUCCUUUCUCAAAACCUCUGAGGAGAUUCACCAGGAAUGCACUCUGAAAACAAGUCCGUUCCUUCUCUCGGCUAUAAAACCUUUGGCAAGAUGGCGACUCCGAAUUAAUUGCUGCGCCAUUCCAAAAGCUCUUAUUGCUUCUCAAUCUCCAUAAAGCAUACUUUUGGUUAAAGUUUAUCUCCACACAGACCUUAAUCAUCCUGCUUGGGUCAGUUCAACCGACAAUUCUAAUGAGGAGGGGUUCUCGUAAAUCACAUAGAAGGAAAGUAAAAAAGGUUUUUCCCCGCCAUUCAGUUCCAUUGUCAACAUACCCAGCCUUUGGUGUAUCUUCAUCGUAAAAUAUUCCUGUUUCUCUAACCCAUCGUCUUCUUUCGCAGAGGUCACUUAAAUUAGCAGACUUCACUCCCCUUCUUCACUUGAAAUAUGUGCAUUUGCUUCUUUUGUAAUUAAUUAUUCCAAAUUGCUGCAACUAGUGCGAGAUCAGAGACAGCGUCCAGGAGAGCCGAGGUCCACACGGGGGCAUUCUGCCUAGGGCCCUCACCCCCUUCUUUCGAAUUAGGGGGUGAUUUAUGGGCACAGCAGGCAAGGACAGUGUUCCCCAUUUCCUUGGGGCAACAAGGGAGGCUGCCUACUCCCAUAACAACCUCUUAAUUACCCCGUGUGGGUCGGAGAGAUGGUAUUGUCGGCCAUCUUCCAAUGCACCCCCUAGUGCCCCCCCGAUUAAUACAUUUAUUCUUAAUGGUAGGCCAAGUUUAUUUAUGACUUUCGGAUACCCAGGCUGGAGUUGCUUUUAAGACUGCUGAGGACAGUAUGAUUGAGGCAGACAUUGCCUUUUUGUGCAUACUUAUCCCAUUGCACACUCUGAUUAAACAGUCUCUGCAAAUAUUUGAAGCACUACAAAACCCUGCAAAGCCUGUUAAACAGACAUGACACUGGAAUGAGUGUGCACACCAUGAGCGUAUUUCAUAUCACCUUUAACAGCCUGCAAAAACUGUUCUUUGUCUCCAACCCCGAUUUAUCCACCCACACACUAGCAUUCCCAGACAUGUGCGGGGGGGGGGGGAUCCUUCAUACUUACCAGUUUACCCAGGGGAAAAUGGCAUGGCCUCGUUUUAUAUAGCUUCCACAAAGUAUGGGGUGGCACUGCUAAGCUCUUCUCUGUGUCCCUCUUUACAAAUCCUUGGUGCAGUCCCUGUACUAGACGCCCAGCAUCAAUGAUCUCAUCCUGGCCUCCCACCCUAAAAUUAGAAAAACAUCUUUCACAAAAAAAUAAAAAAAAUAAAGUGAACUGAAUAAGGUACACAAAUAUAAAGGUAAAGGGACCCCUGACCAUUAGGUCCAGUCGUGACCGACUCUGGGGUUGCGGCGCUCAUCUCGCUUUAUUGGCCAAGGGAGCCGGCGUACAGCUUCCUGGUCAUGUGGCCAGCAUGACUAAGCCGCUUCUGGCGAACCAGAGCAGUGCAUGGAAACGCCGUUUACCAAGGAAUGGGAGCUCACCCCAUCGUGGGGAUUUGAACCGCUGACCUUCUGAUCUGCAAGUCCUAGGCUCUGUGGUUUAACCCACAGCGCCACCCGCGUCCCGCGGUACACAAAUAUAGUGCCUGUCCAAUCAGCACAAGCUAUUUGACAUGCGUUGGCUUUUCUAAUUGCAAAGGUUGCACUGCUUUAGUACAGAAUUAUAGACUGCUGGAUUCAAAAGGGUCUAGAAUUUUUGUCUGAAAUGAAUUAUGCGGAUUGGACAUGUACUUAAUUUGUACACAGACAACUCUCUUUUUGUGGAACAUGGUCAGUGUAAUGGGCACAGUCUGGGCCAAUUAAAAUUACUGAGAAUUUUGAGCUUGCAUCCAGUGGCGUAGAUCUCUUCCUCUUUUCUCAGUAUCCAUGGUGUUUCUUCCCCUCUUCUCUCUCUUUGUCCCUUCCCAUUCCUCGCACUUACCACAAAGCAGGAGAGGCAAGCUUAAUAAAAAAACCACAAGCUGAUGAUUAGCAUAGCAACUACUUAUCCCUAAUCGCUUCAAAUGCCGAUAAUAGCAUUUGUGGGUCAUAAGUUAGAAAACUGGAUAUAUCCAUCAAUGCAAUGAUGAUAAAUAAAUAAAUGCAAUGAUGAUAAAUAAAAUGGAUUAUUUCUCAUUCUGUAUUGGCUAUUUUUUAAAUAAUAAAUAGAAAAUCUGUUUUCUGAUAGGUAGGUUAAAGAAUGCCAAUGUAUGCAAAGCUUUGUUAAUUUUAUACAUUGCAAUUUGUCUCUUUAAAAUUAUUAAGAGGUUAAUCCCCAAAACUUUUUUGUACAGCAUCUGUAAAACAUAUGGGAAGGGCCACAGCUUUUGCCUGGCUGGAGUGUGUCCUUCAGUGUGGUAAUGCGUCUCCUGCUCGCCUGGGUGGAGAAGGGGGCUAGUGUAUGUAGAAACCUCUGACUUGCCUGGUUGAAAUUUCCCUUUGUACAGUAGCCAAUGAGUCACAUCCAUUGUAUCAAGCCCCUCUAAACAGUGGAUGUGGUCCCUGGAAUUUUGCCAUGAAAAAAUGCAGCCCUGACCAGACACUCUGGUUUUAAACAAACUACGGUCAAUUUCAUAGCAACACAUCCUCAAACUAUGGGCUAGGGGACUCCCUUGUUGAACUAACCAGAAUUCAUUUUAAACCAAGAUCUCUGUGUCUGAAUUCAUAUACAUAUUAUACAUAUUAUGCAUCAUGUUCACCUAGGUCAGUGGUGGCAAACCUUGGCACUCCAGAUGUUUUGGAACUACAACUCCCAUCAUCCCUGACCACUGGUCCUGCUAGCUAGGGAUGAUGGGACUUGUAGUUCCAAAACAUCUGGAGUGCCAAGGUUCGCCACCACUGACCUAGGUGGUUGUAAUAUACACAACUCUGGUUGACUCAGAUAAGAAACAUUUAUGUCCUGCCCACAAGUCUCUACUUUUCUCUACUUCUUACGAAGAAAGAAGAAAGAAUGAUAAGUCCAUCAGUUUCAGUGGCUAUGCUGAGUGAGUCAUAUACUUGCCACCUAUAGUACCUCUAGCAUUAGAUCCCAUUAUUGCAUUUGCAUUGCUAAUCUUUGCAGUUAUCUCUUUUUACUGUUGCAAUAAAACAUAACAGGUUUCCAGAUGCUUUUUAGGCGUAUUAAUUAGGGAACACAGAAUUCACUCACUCUCUCACGCACUCUCUCUCUCUCACACACAACAUGUAGAAAAGCUGCACAGCCAGUUCUGGUUGCUAAGCAUUUUGAGAAAUUGGAAUGUACAGUUCUAUCAAGCCCACUUGUGAGCUCCUUACUUCUGCCAUAGAAAAGGGGGGUGGCAUUGAGGGAAAUAGUAUGCAAGAAUGACUAGAAAUGUCUCUUGGUGUGGUUGACAGUUUGUGAGAGAAGUCAGAACUGGAAACGUAUUUCAGAUGUGACAUUUCGGUGGCGAACGUGGCAGGAGUGUGCCCAAAGCAGAGUUGGCAGCUGCUUCUAGAAAUCUGCAUGCCAGGGAUUGUAACCUCCCAAAUGGGUCAAUGCCUGCCUCUUACAUUUGUUACUAUUGGUGAGCCAAGGCCCUUUAAGAAGAGCAAAAGGAUAGACUAAAGAAGGAGAACCCUGGACAGGUACAGUAGCAUAACAGGUACAGUGGUACCUCCGGUUACGAACUUAAAUCGUUCUGGAGGUCCGUUCUUAAGCAGAAACUGCUCAUAACAUGAGGCGCACUUUUGCUAAUGGGGCCUCCUGCUGCUGCCGCGCGACUUCCUCUUGCAUCCCGGGGCAAAGUUCACAACUGGGAGCAUCUACUUCUGGGUUAGCAGAGCUCGUAACCCGAAGCAUUUGCAAGGAGGAUGGUGCAUAACACGAGGUUCCACUGUACAGCCCGUGUUCCGCUGCCUAGAGAGGUCACUUCCAGGUUUGCAUGGAGAAGCCAUUUUCAACAGAGCCCAGCAAUGGAAUUGCACAGCUCUGCUGAGGCAGACCAGCUGUUGAAAUUUUGCACCCCUAACAAUUUUUGUGCCUGAGGCAGCUGCCACUGUGCCCCCCCCCUUGCUACUCCACUGGACAGGUGGGAAGCAUAUUUGUGAAAGGUUGUUCAGAACUCCCUAAAGCAGCUAGAAAACUAGCAAAUAAAUGACAGGACUUCUUUCUCUCAGAUAUGCUAGCGCACCUCAGUCUACCUCCCAGUUCUACAGCGGCCUUCCCCAAUCUGGUACCCUGCAAAUGUUGCUGGACUAUUUCUAUCAUCCCUGACCCAUGUCCAUGCUAGCUGGAGCAGAAGGGUGCAUUUUGACCUGCUGUGAGCCUGAAGGGCCGUGCCCUGCUUCUCUCCACCUGGCUUGGGGCGGGGCCUGACAGGCUCCAUAAAGGAGUGCUGUUGCUGCUGCUGCUGCUGCUGGGCAGAGAGGACUCCGUUUUUGUUUUCUUUUUGUUUUUGAAUUGCUUUUAUUUUUUAUCUAUGUCAUUUUAAAUUGUGAUUGAUAUUAAUGCUGUAUUCUUAGUUUUAGAUUUUAUGAUUUAUGUGGAAACUUUUUUAUUUGGUUGUGUACUUUUUGAUGUGUUUUAUUUAUUGUUUAUUACUUUUGUUAUGUUGGUAAUUAUGUAAUUCUUGUCAUGUUAUAAGCCGCCUUGAGCAUCGUUUUAACUAUGGAAAGGCGGAAUACAAAUAAACUGAUGAUGAUGAUGAUGAACAGCUGGAGGGUACAAGAUUCUCCACUCCUGGUGUGUUUGGUGUGUCUGCACGUUCUUUGUGUGUGUUUUAUUGAAAUGUAAUUUAUGUAGCUUGAAUGCAAGAUGCAUUUUUUAAUAUUAUGAGAAUUGCCAUUAGGAGUGGAUAUAGGGUACGUUAUAAAGAAAUGAGUAAAUUGUCAGUAGUAAUAAAAAUAGAUUGUAUUGUUAAUGUUAGGAGAUAUUUUCCCAUUACUAUUCCCAUUGCACAUUUCCCAGAUUUUCAUAAGAAUUAUCACAUAUUGUGCCCCCAAGGGAAAUGCAUCUGCAAACGUGUCCUAAAUGUUCACCCCUGUGCAAAAAUUGCAAGAGAGUUGAGCGUUAGCAGCACAGAUUGCAAAGGUAGGAUGCUUUUAAGCACCCAUGUGAUUAUUUGAAGAGUUAAUACAUGCAAAGCAUUGAAAUAUUACAAUUUUAUGAUGUUGGUGAAGAAGAAUCCGUUUGUGUUCAUGUAAAUAUAAUACAGUCCAGAGUUAACACAGAUUGGUGUUUCUUCAGUUGCCCAAGGCAAACCUUGCUUUUGUGGUUCUUAUUAUGUGUUUUGUACUUGGCUGCAUCCUGGGUGACCUAUUUUUAAUGCAAUGGCAGAUUACACUUCAAUAGAGUGAAUAAUUCAUAGGUAUAGUAGCACUAUCACAGUAGCAAUACAAUAGAAGCUUUUAUGCCUGUCUAAUUGUGGAGAGAGGCAGCAUUCUCUGGCAUUUUCUACUGAAUUAGCAAAACAAGAUACAUGUGAAAUGAAUGAUUCUUUCAAAUGCAGCAACAUCAAGGACACUGAAUGAUGUGGAAAGGCAGGUUAGGGCUAGCCUAUGUGGUAGUCAGAUGUUUGUUAUAUAGCUAUUGAGGUUUUGGGGGGAUUUGACUGAAAUAAAGGAAGACAGGAUGAAACUGGACCUAUUGGUUUUCUGCAUUUGCUACUGCAAAGUUAUAUUGAAAACUUCCCCAGAGAUAGCUUGUAAGUUGUAUAUGCACCAGUAGAAUAGAUACAAAUUAGGAAGGUGAACACCCCAAAGCUUCCUGGAAUAUAUAUAGCCCAGGGAAAGUUUGUGCAUGUCAAAUACAUACUUUAAAAGUCCAAUAACAAACUGAGGCAUUUCAGGUGUGCAAGUAGCAAUAAAAAAUAUAGUAUACUUUUAUAGGUCAAAUCAGCAGAAUUCCCAUUUCACAGCUAUCAGCAGGUCUACAAAAGCAAACUCAAACUGAAAUUGUUGUGUUGGUGGAAGCAGUGACAUAACUACUGGGGGAGAGGGGCUAGCUGGGUUUUUUGCCGCAGAUGAAGCCUUGGGGGGGGGGCACAUUCAGCCCCCCUUCCUAUGUGUGUAUGUACACAAAUGUGUGUGCCAAACUGGGUCUUUGACCCAGGUGAAAUAAAGCCUACUUUCGCCCCUGGAUGGAAGUGGUGCUUCUAAAUGACAGGAAUAUAAUAUUACACCAGGGCAAAACUUCUAAAGGCCUGUCCAUAGCUUGCCUUAAUGUGGAUUGUGAACCCCUUGUGCCUCCUUUAAUUCCCCCUUGUCCGUGCAGAAGUCUCCUCCAACUACUUCUGUUGUCUACACUUUCUGCCCCCUAAAUCUGGAGAUUCCAAGUGCUCUGGAAAUCCAAAUAGGGGAGUCAGUUGUACGUCCCAGGCAUGAAGAAGUCAGAGGUUUCUGCAUGAGCACACCUCUCUUGAUUUCAGCCAGGCAAGUUCAAACAUACAUUCCAGCCAUCGAAAGUCGAAAGUCGAAAACUGUCAAGGAGGGUGUGAAGCAAAGGCAGUGACAGUUGUGACCAGGGAAGGCUAGAGGGCUAGAAAGGCAUAGAGAAGCAUGUUUGCUCCCCAACCCUGAGGUUAAGCACCCCUGCAUUAGAGACUCUGCUCAACGCACAGCUGAAGGUUAAUGCUGUGUUCAUCUACGAGGUGUACCACUAACGCUGUUGAUGGUAGUGAUUAAUCAACGAUAUAAUGACACCUAGUGACAAAACAGAAGCGCUAAUACUACCCAUAUAUGCCCUGAUCCAGAUUAAGUCUGUGUGUACACCAUAAGGCACAACUGAAGCGCAUUCUUUCCGUCAGAGUAUUCUGAGCAGAGUUGCAAUUCCCAGCAACAAACUGCAGUGCCCAGAAUUCCUUUUUGGGGUGGGGAUGUGUUUCAAAUGUAUGUUCAAGGUAUAGUGCAUAUGCAGCCUUAGUAGUGUGAAUUAUGUGUGAUUAGUGGCACUAGAUAUGGACGGGGCUGCUCAUGCGCACCAGAAUGCACUAAACAACUAAAGCAGCAACUUCCAGAAUCAUACGGUUUAGGGGCUUCUCAUCCGCAAAUCCUUAUGCUGGUCUUUAAGGUUCCACGGAACUCUUCUCUGCUUACAUUGUUGAGAGUGACAUUGUGCUUAUAAACAUCCACGCACAGAAACACAUUUUGAUGAAUAUACAGCGCCUGGUUUUGCAGUCACCUACCAGUCCCGUCCCCCCCCCCAAAAACCCCCCAGGUUGGAUAGAACUGGGCAUGAGGAAGGCUUUAGAUAAUUACCCACCCUGGUGGAACAACAGCGCGUCAGAAAUUGAACCUGGCAAACUGCUGCGGCAUUCACUCUCGCCACGGUGCAGAAAAUAAACUCCUGUCUCCCCUGAGGCAUGGGAGACGGCAUUACAUAAAUAUUUGCAGAGGAAACAAGAAUGCCAGAGUGAUCAAAUGAAGGGAAAAGGGAAAGCCCUCCUCACCUAUAGCAGCUAGUUAAGUCUCGGAGAAGCAGCUGUUUCACUGAUCCCUAUAGUCUCAGCACGGAUGACGCUGGAGUCAGACGCUGCGACCCCCCCCCCGCUCCCUCCCUCUCACACACAUUCCCUCUCUUCUCUACUGUAACUUUACCAGGGUAACAGAAUUGUAGAUGCUUCUGCUGGCAGAAGAGUGAGUCAGAGCAGCUAAUGACUGAGAGCAAGCUGGUAACUGAUGCGCUCUCGCUCUCUCUCCCUGCUCCACCUCCCCUCUCAGUCUUUCUCUCUCCCCCCCCCUUCUUUAAAUCAGAAACACUAACUAAGCCACUACUGGCUGCACAGUAGAGAGCAGUACAGUCUGCUUCUCAGAUCCUAUUGCUGCUGUUAUGAGGAUUGACUGUGGAAGAGGAGCUUUGGGAUUGCAAACCAGUGUGUUCAGCUUCCCUACCAUACGUCUGAGUCUGUGCAUUUAGGUGGGUGCUUUCCCCUUCCCCCUUUCAAUUUUCAGACUCAUGAGGACUAAUAUUGUUGCAUGUUCUUUCCAAAUAUUGUAGUGUUUUAUAUCGUCCUGUGCUUUUUUGUGUCAUCUGUCUCUGGUCAUAAAGUUAUUACAGGAUGGUUUGUUUUUAACACUGUUUCUUUGCAACAUUUGGAUGUCAGUUGCUUAAGGAAAUUGUUGCUAAACUGUUAAAUAGUAUUGUCCCCAUUAAAUCCGCCAGGCAUGGCAUUUCAGUGCAGUUGUGUUGGUAUAGGGCUAGGCUCUGUACUAUAGAGUGAAAUAUUAUUGAAUUAAUUGUGUCUCAAAAUCCUUAGUCCGAUGCUUCUCUUUUAAAUGCAGCAGAAUCUUGAGCCUGAUUAGUACUCUGAGUAAGGGAGUAAAACAUGGAAAUAUAUAACUGGUGUGUAACAUUGAAGCUAGUAAUGUGAAAUGAUUCUACUGAGUUUAGCAAAGUUGCCUUUUCACGCUGAGUGCUAACCUACCUCCGAAAGCCUGGAAGCACAGGUAUCAUAAGAAGGAAAACAAAUAUUUGAAAUCUUUAUGUUGUAUAGUAAUCAAGAUUGUAUUUUCAGUUUAGUUUGUGGCUUCAGUAAGGUUUGUGGCUACACUGAUAAAAAUCAGUUGUUGUUGUUUCACCCCACUGUAAUGUUGCCAGAUGUACCUUGGUUCCUGAGUGGAAAGGCUUUUUCCUGACUUUGGAGUGUUAUAGUCCUGUAAAUGUUAUUGACAGACCCUGGCUUGUUUGUUUGUUUUUUUACAAGUCCGUAGAGCUGGCACUUAUCAUAGCACUUCAGUGCCCCUUGACAACCCUGUCAUUUUCAGGAGCACUCUCAUGGGGUUUGAAGGAGCUUAAAGCCAUCUUUUGCACAUCUUGAGCUCAGUUUGCCAAAAGAUCCUGCUCAAGCUCCCAUUCAUUUCAGCACAGUUUGAGUAGCAGAACAUCUCCGUGGAUUGUGCCCUGACUUGUCUUUGAAGAAGUCCCUUCCAUAUACUAUGCUUUCUUUGAACACAAGGAUGCUUUUCUAGAGAGAAAUGUAUGCGUAUUGCUUUAUCACUGAGUGGCACUUUUAAAUCAUGCUUCCAGAAACAUUUCAGGCUUUCCUUAUGUGUGUUGUCCAAACAAACCUUUAGGAUAUUAUUGAUUACAAUGUGGAUAAAAGCUUUUUGCACUCCCAUCCUCCAUUCGGUGUGGGGAUAUCAUCUGAGCAAAGUUGAAGCAAAUGCAUUGCAUUGAAACAGAGUUGCAAUAGUCUGUACUUUUUAAAGGAAUUGAUUGUGCAAUAUUUGAUUCCUAUGACUUUUGUGUUCUCCUGCCUUUGGGAAAAUACUUGUAGUGUUAGUGGUGGUUAUAGCCUCCAUUGUCAUGCGUCCUUCAAAAUGCCAGUCUUCAUUUUUUCCCCCCAAGCUACAUAUUCAAAAGCAUUGCUUUCACAUCAUUUCGCUGCUGCCUGCCACACACCAGGAGACCUCAGCAAAGAACAGUCCCAAUUAGAAACAUUAUUACUUGUAUUUGCCCACAGCUAAUUGGGAUUCAGAACCAGACCUUCCUUUCUGAAUUAACAAAGGCAGGGAUGUGUUCAGUGAGGGUGGCAUGGGAAGAGAGAAAGUUCCUUUCCACUUAGGGUAACUGUUCUGUGCUGACUGCCAGACCUGGCCAAGACACAUUGUUUUAUAUGCAGCUCGAGGUUGGCAACUGUUGGUCGACGGGCCAAAUCCAACCCCUUUGGUUGGCACAAAGUAACUUGCCAGCCCUCUCUUGCUCCUACCAAUUCUGAGCAUUGGCUUGGCAGAAUCACCAGGAAGGCGAGACAGGAACAGGAACACAAAAGCAUCCUCCUCCUCUUCUUACUCUUAUGCCCCUGCCUCUUCCUUCUCUUGAAUUGAAACAGCUUGAUGAACAUGAUCAAGAGGAAGUUGGGUGCAUGCCAGGUAGAGGAAGGAACCUUCUUCUUCUUCUUCUUCUUCUUCUUCUUCUUCUUCUUCUUCUUCUUCUUCUUCUUCUUCUUCUUCUUCUUCUUCUUCUUCUUCUUCUUCUUCUUCUUCUUCUUCUUCCUUGAACCACCUGCUCUACACUCCCCCAGUAGCAUGGAGGAGAGGGCAAUAAGGGGAGUGGUAACUUUGGAGAAGGUUUGGCGCACCACCCACCAGCAUCUGUACAAAGUUAAUGGCAAAACUAGGGUCAUGCUUUCUGAGUAUCUCCUUCCAAAAACCUCUUCCAAUAUAACCAGGCUAUGAAGGAAUCUGAACUUUGUUCUGAGUCGCAGAAAAGCAACCUUCCUGUGAGAAGAAGGCCCGUUUGUUCCCUUAAUAACUUUGAACAUUGGGAAAUGGUGGUUUCUCUACUACCACUGGCAUUAAGUACCUACCAUAAAUUGCAAUAAUAGCUUGUAACGUUAUACUGGCAUUCAGAUGUCCCAACCUGGGCAUUUCUGUCCUUGCUCAAUAAUUCUUGGGAACAGUAAUACUAGUAAGAUCUCUUUAAGAUCUCCCAUUGAAGAGACUGUGGGCGAUAAUAAUAAUAAUAAUAAUAAUAAUAAUAAUAAUAAUUAAUAAAAUAAGCCCUGAAGUAAACCUGAACCUGGCUAUUAUAUCUACAUAAAUUGUGGUUCCUGUUUUGCAAUUGCUCCACUGUCUGCUGCCCCAGGGGACAAAACACUCAGAGUGACAGAUCAGAAGCACAGCCUUGGACAUGAUCAUUCAUACAUGUUGACAGAUCUUCAUAUUAUAUCAACCUGAAUGGAACUGCUAACACUGUGAUCAUGUACCUAUACCAGCAGCCUUUUCUUCAUUGCUUCUUGUUGCACUGAACUCUAGAUAAGAAGCAGUGUCAUUUCCACAGGAGUUAAGGAGAAUGGAUGACUGUCACAAGUGACUACUUGCAGCUGAGAAGUUGUAAUAAUUGAAAAAGAAGAUGGGCAUUGGACUUGCCUUCCAUUUCUUCCAAAACUGUGGAUUAGAGAAAAUCUGGAAGGCUAUGAUUAUAUACAGACUUUCUCAGCAAACACAGCAAGCAAGGAAUCCUAAUUUAAAAACAGAUAUUUUGGCAUCAUGCUUUCUGUUUAUUUUCUAUGUGGAAACUCAAAACUCUUGAUUAGUUUCUAAUCAACUCCAGAUGUCUAUAUGUUUCCUGACAAUUAUUCUUAUCACACACACACACGUUAUACAACUUGCCUAUCCAAUCUUUCCAAAAGGAGGCUCUUCCUCAGGCUGUUUUUGCUGUAGUCAUCCCACAAGCAUAUCCAUUGUAUACUAAGGAUUGUAAUCAGUGAGUUAUUUCUUCAGUGAUCUUGCUGUGUAUUCUCUUUUGUUGCCUGUACUUCUAACUUUACUUUAAAAUUAAAUUAAAUUUCAUGGAACCAGAGAGAGACAGACACAGAGAGAACACUUUGCAAACUGCCAAAGCAAAGAAUACCAUUCACUUGUGAACUGUUUGUGUGUUGCGGUUAUUUUUCAUUUGCCAUGCUAAGCUGUUCUGUUUGCAAGAUAGACCCCUUGUGUUUGUGGGCAUUGAACCAGCGAAAAAUACCAGCUGAAAAUAGACAAUGAAGGACCUGAACGCAGCAGUGCCCUCCAAGCGUGCACAGGCAAGGCAAGGCAUUCCUCAAAGUAGAUGGGAAGUGCAGUAGCUCUGCUGAAGCAGUUAUAAUGUCAGCCUCAAGGUAUGUUCACUGCAUGGUUCUCUUAGUGAACUGUAGGGGGUUUUGGGUGCCCAGCCUUUUUUUUAUAUACAUAUUUAAAAAAAAGGUCAACCAACUCUAGGUUUUUCUGUCAUGUUUGCUCAACUUCCCUUGUUUAUGCAAACCAAAGUCUGCACUUAACAGCCAAACUGUGUUUUGCACAAAUCAGAAUAGGAAAGCAUCGUUUCGCCUUAGCAUGAUGCAUACUCUUAACAUUUAUAAAGAUCUUCCAAAUGUUAAAAGAGCUUCACAUACAUCACCCUGUUGCAAUCCUUAUGAAACCUCUAUAAGUUGCAAUAGUAUUAUUAUCCCAUAUUGCAGAUGGGGGAGGAAGUUGCUAGGCCAUAAGAAAGUGAGUUGCUUAAGUCCAACACCAGAGAUGUCAUGGCAGAGGUGAUAAGGGAGCUAGAUACUUCCUGGUUCAUAAUUGAGUUACUUAGCUGCUUCACCGCACCAUGUCCAAUUCUGGUUUGUAGCCAAGUAUGAUUAGUGCUUGUUCUUGCUGAUGGAUAGUGUCUUGUUGGAGCCAUACAAACCAUGAUUUCUGGUUUAGAUAUAACACUAAGCCAAGGGUUGUAGUUUGUUUCCUCUGUGCACUAUUGGGGGUGGGGCAGGGAGAGGAGAGGAGCAAAAUGGACAUAAUUCGCUUAUGCAUAGUGAGCUAUAUGAUUUUUGGCUUAGAAUGAAGCUUGAAUGUGGUCAGAGAGAGAAAGGGGGAGAAGUGGUUAUUACUAAUUCAUACAGAUUUAAUGUAAGCAAGGAAAGGAGAUAAAUGAUAAUUACUUUUGUCUUUCAGUGAUAACGAAUGCUGUCAGAUCUGGUUAAUCCAAGCUUUGUUUAUCCUUAUGUCUCUAUAUUGAAAAGAUUUAAGUGAUUACUAAUCCUGUGAUGUGCAGAAUAUGGUGCCAGCCUCUUAAACUUGAAGGCUUUUGUAAAUCUGCAAUUCAAAUGGAGUGUAUUGCUUUUAAAUUAACAGGCUUGAGCAUAAUUACUGAAUCAAGGACCCAAUCUUAUCUUCAGUGACACUUGCCCAAAUACUACAUUUCAGAGAAAAUUAAAACCCAAAAUCUAGCUAGUUACAUUAUAAAAGGCUAUAGUGAUUCAGCUUAUGUGUCUUAAUUCCCAUUAGCUUUUAAUGAAACUUAGGUGUUUUAGGGUUCCUGUCUUGGUUCUUUCAUAGGCCGUUACCACAGUAAUAGCAGCAAUAUCUUUAAAUUGUUUCUUUUUAUGCUUCUCCCUGAUCCAGACUCUGUAAAGAGGAACUGUGACCUGCAAAAUGAGGAACAGUAAAAGAGAUAAAGAAACACCCCGCCCAUAUUUUUAACAAGUCUUGGGUUUGAGAGUGUGUUGUAUACUGGUAAGCCUGGGAAUAUGGAUUCUUCCUUUGCCAGCGCAAGCCAGAGCUUAAAAUGUUGGUUUCAUUUUCCUGACACAGGCAAAGAAGUCUAACUUCAUCAUCUUCAACCUGAAGCAAUAUCAUUAAAUCAGGCUAAAUGUCAGUGACACAAUAAGCAGCCAGCACACACAUAAUUCAAUUUUUUAAUGCUUGAUUAGCAAGCAAAUUAUGCAAAUGUGGCAAAAGCAUAAGGAAGGGAUAAUAUAUCCCCCAUUCAUCCUUUUAUUCGUCUCGGGUAUGGCCCAAGAUUUGAUCGUUUGAUCUGUUUAGUUUCUAGGACAGUAAAAACUAGGAGAUAGCCACUUUUUCAAAGAAUGCCUUAUCUUGGUUUCUCUUGUCAGCUGCUGAUCCAGUCACACCCUGGUUUUUCCUCCUCAAUCUGUAUGCAAAUCAGCUGUAUCUUACACAUGCACUGGCUGCUAAAUCUGUUAACAAUCGCAUACAUUAGCAUUUACACCCAAAGUGCAAUUCUCCUCUUUGGAAAAAUGGCCUAAAGAUUUUGCUCCCUUCAUGGUUGCACCUGUUUUCCCCAUUUUCACAGCUAACGUUUCCAUAUUUUACUUUUUUUCUGUACCUGUUGAGUGAGAGCUGUGAUCAGGAAAGAAUCUUCAGAGCCCCAGACACUUGUAUAUUGGCAACACCAGCAGUUGUGGCAUUAUAAUACUGAUUCAGAACAAGCAGCGAGAAAACUGGCCACCUUUUUGUAGUCUGUGUGUUCCUGUCAUUCAGCUUUUGCAAGGGGUUCUUAAUAAUUACUGCAUCUGAACACUGACAUCACAUCUAUCUACCUGCUGCCAUAUCCCAACAGUUUUGAGCAGUAAGAGCUGCUGGACUAUACAAAAUACUCAUGUUAUUCCCAAUUGUCCCCUUGUAUGUGCUUGCAUGAACAAAUGUAAUGGGUAAACAUUGGGAAUAUCUUGACAGAAACUCCUGUGAUUUUGGGACCAUCUGUUCCAGAAGCAGCUGUCAUGGGAGUACCUACUGGCCAUAUAUGUAACUUCAAAUAUUGCACUUCCACAAAAUGAACGUAUUUUGUUGGAAUUGUUUUCAUAUGGAAAAAUUGAUUGUGUGAAUUGCCUCUACUACACCCACUGUUUUCUAUGUCCAGAUCCGGUACUUUGCUUCUGUGGUAAAGUUUCAGAAACUGCUUUGGCUGAAUCAUAUAUCAAACUGGGAACAACAGUCAUUGCUGCUCAAGUUGCUUAAGUAUUAUGGAAGCUGUUGAGUGGAUGAUAAUGGAUGAUAACACACAUGGUCAUAGUAGGACUGAAGACACCUCACACACACUAUCUUAAACCCAUUUCAGUCAUCACAAUGCCACUUGCCUCAGACACAGCUCCACAUACCACUGUAGUUAAGUUGGCAUAUAGUCCACUGGGUGGCACCAUUAAUGCAAUCUUAUUUUUUUAAACCACAACUGUACAUCACACACAAGCGCAUAUAAUGCAAUGAAUAAGGACAGAUUUGAAGGCCAACUGUCAACUUGAAGUAAAUGCAGAAAUUUAAAUAAUGAGACCAGACUCAUUAUUACCCAGUUCUGAAGCCAUUUGCGACAUCUAGGAGCCAUGAAGUGUCUAGAGCUCUUAUUUAUUGCAACAAGAUUUAGGCUGACUUGCAUUUUUAGUUUAUGUAUGUAGAAGUUAAAACAGCAAGACCAAGCGCUGGUUCAAUGUGGUCUCCAGAUAAUCUCCUUUGGGCUCUGGCUCACAGACAUUUGCCCUCUUCGUGGAUACAGUUGCAUAGAAAGUGUGUUAUGAUGAGCAGAAGUACAUGAGUACCCAUGGACAAAACACUUAUAGAGAAGGAUGAUUAAUGCACCCCAGUGUAAGCUCUUGCUUCAUUAUUUAUUUGUUAUACAUUUACACCAAAACCACUGGAUAUCUCACCAAGUGUACUUCCAUUUUGUUCAUUGCCAUGCACUCCAGUACAAGCUUCAGGUGGAAGUCCAGGGUGUCUACCAUGUUUUGAGAUUGAAGGAUGGAAACGAGAAAUAAAUCUGAGUGAUACUGGCAUAGUGAUGACAUUCAGCCCAGAUCUCCAGAUGGCCUCAUCCAUCAGCUUCAUGUAAACAUUAAAAAGCAUGGGAGACAAGAUGGAGUCUUGCAGUGCCCCACAUAGACCAAAGGCCAUGGCAAAGAAUGAGCGUGCAUGUAUGUGUGUGACUGGUUUGUUUGUGUGUUUUAAUGUGGUGCCCACAACUCUUCCACAGGUCCCCAAAUGUACCCACAGCUCAAAAAGGUUGGUGACCCCUGUUUGUUCUCUACACUUACUGGCAAUGGCUCUUCAGAAUUUCAGACAGAAGCCUUUCCAGUUCUACAUGGGAGACCCCAAGAACUGAACCUGAGUCCUCCUGCAUGGACUAUUGAUUUUUGCCAUUGACACGGCCCUUCCCAAUUAACACUGGCCAGAAACACAUGACUGGAGCAUCUGCUGUAAAAUCACCCAAAAUGGAUUAUUCAAUUCAGCCAAGUAAAAAAGUAGAGGUAAAACAACUUGCAAUGCAUGUUUGCUCAGAAGUAACUUUCAUUAUAUUCAAUGAGGCUUAUUCUCAGAUGAGUAUGUGCAGGACUGCAGCUUUGCACUAUGUGCAAAUGUCUCCUGGCAAUCAAAAUCUGUUGCAUGGAUGGUAUUUGUUGCUGUGGGGAGGAAAAAAACAUCAGGGGAAUCCUGAAAGGAACAGGCACAAUUCAGUGCAAGGUAUACAUGACUGGAAUAGCCCUAAAGCUGUGGAUGACUCCCAUAGCAGCAUAUCACAUUUGAUUUUGCAAAAUUGUUUCUAAUUUUUCCAGCAGCUGUUAAGGCGCCUUGAAGGUUGCAAACUUAGAUUUAUCAUUCUAUAAGCUUAGGGCCCCUGUACAAUCGCAGUGACAGCAUUCCUGACACACAAAUGGCAGCAGUGGAAAAGUUCAAAAGAAUGAAAGAUCUUCUCUCAAACCUGUUCUACUUCUUAUUAAAGAUUUACUGAAAAGGACACAGAUGCUGGUAACUUGCAUAAGCCAGUGUGUCUCAGCUCAGUGGACUUUCCUUCAAGGAAGUAGGUUUGCUUUGAGGAUCCUUGAAGGCGAUGGUACGGUUUCUGGCUAAUGGUAAGGUAUCUUUUGUUCCUCUUCAAAUAUGAUAUGAUAAAUCUUUCCUGAAGGAACAUGUCAUCUACAAUUUUGGACAACAAAUGUGCUAUUGCUGAAGAAGAGCAGAAUGAAUGUCACUCAGUUGUUAUUCUUUGUGUCGUGAUUUUGUUCCUUGGGUAAUCUUCAGGUCUUCUGUAGUCACUUCAGAGCUUAGUCCAACAUCUGUCUCCUUAACGACAUUAUCAGUUUGAUCUGAUCUCUUCAAACCAGAGACCUAAGGAUAUACCAGGGUGCAUUUGAAGCUCCUGUAUAGGUAUUCUUUCCACAUUUUUUCACUAGAGUAGGCAGCUAUGUACACAUAUCCCUUUGCACAUGUGGAAUUUUGGCCCAUCUGUUCAUGUAGAUGAGAAAGUUAUAUGUGUUUGGAAGCUGCCCAGAGUGGCUGGGGCAACCCAGCCAGAUGGGCAGGGUAUUACUGUUACUGUUACUGUUACUAUAUUCAGGUAGGUAGCCGUGUUGGUCUGAUGCAUGCACACGAAAGCUUAUACCCAGAACAAAUUUAGUUGGUCUCUAAGGUGCUACUGGACAAUUUUUAAAUUUUUAUUUACUUAUUACUAUUACUAUUACUAUUACUAUUACUAUUAUUAUUAUUACUACUAUUAUUAGAAUUACCUCCAGGAGCACAUACCUCAUCUGUAACAGACACCUGAAUUUGACCAGCUCAAGAUAUUUAUAGUGUAUGUAAAUGUAAAUGGGUGUACCAUUUUCAGUUCUUCAAAUCUCUCAGAAGGAUUUUGUUUCCCUGAGUUUUACAUUUGUAAUUCUGCUAAUUAGUCUGUAAUCAACAGAACAUAAACAUCUGCAUAAGCAAUGGAACCAGUGGAGCCCCUUCAAUUUAUCACAUUAAAGCAUUUGGGCAGGGGGAUAUAAAUCCAGUCACAAAACAAAUCCUGUCCUCAGGCUCUCUGCUAACUAAAAGCAGAAGUGUGGAAAUGGAAAAAGAACUCAGAAUUAAUAUAUUUAACUAGUUUAGAGAGCUUCAGCAGCUGAACACAGUCACAGUAAAGCACAAGUUCAACUACAGCCAUAGAAACCAAAAGACAGAAAGGCAUGCAUAGAAUAGUGUCUUCUCAGUACGUGUAUUUUUCCCCGUGAACAAUCACUCUGCACAUUCCUUCCCCCAUAAUGUUUCUUAGUUCCUAUGUAAACAUGUUCAGCAUCAUUCAACAGUCUGCUUUGGUUUUUCUGUGUAAGCAGUUGUACUAGGUAUAGAUACAUAGAGUUAUCGAACUGCAGAGCUUAUGGUUAGCAGAAAAGACCCAUGUUCACAUCACAAGACAUUUUAAAUUAUCCUAUCUAAGAUGCUGCCUUACUCAUUAUAGGCAACUAGGCAAGUUGCUAUUUGCAAUCAUACAUUAGUUACAAUUUUGUAGCAUUUUCUGUUGUCUAAACAAAAUGGUUUCUUCAUUCAACACUUUGCUAUAUAGAAGGCACAUUAUGGGUGGUUCAUUCAGCCUCAAGUUAAAUAUUUUGUAGAACAAGAAUUUAUGUACAAGCACUUUAAGAUAAAUAUAUAUAAAUGAAGCUUUAAAAUAUUUUCCUCAGUAAGCAGAGGCAUAUUAUGGAUUUGAAACAAACUUUAUUCAGCAGAAAAUGGUCAAAUUGAAGUCCCAGAGGCAAAGACUUACCAUGCACCUUUCAUUGGAGCAGGUGUGCUGAACUGCAACUUCCAACAUCCCUGAUCACUGGCCAUGCUUGCUGAAGCUGAGGGGAGUUGUAGUUCAGCAACAUUUGGCAGGCCCAAAUUUUCCCAUGACUGCAUCGAAGGGUAACCUGAAUAGGGCAAAAUCUAAACUAAUUCAUUCCUAAUUCCUAAAAUGCUGAUCUAACUAAGCCCAAUUGCCGAUUCAGUUUCAUUAUGUUCCAUCUAUGGAACUCCUUCCCAGGUAGCAUUCAGCCUUCCCACCACAGUGGCCACUUUUUAACAAAGGCUCAAGAUGUUUUGGUUUGUCCAGGUGUUUGGAACAUGAAUUGUUCUGGUUUUGGAUUGCGGUUUAAUAGAUAGUGUUAACAUUCCACUUCAAUCUCUAUGAGCAGUGUGGGAUUCCAGGGGUUGCAGUUGCACUUACCAGGGUCUGUGUAUAGACCCUGGGAACAAUGAGGCACAGCAGAGUCUGGGGUGUUUAUGAUACGUGGUUUAUUUACACAUACAUACAACCCUUGUCUAGAUGGAGAGAGCGCAGAGCUUUCACAACCCAAGAAAGUCCGGUUCCUGCCACUGCUGCAGCCAUGGAUUCCAAGAGACCCCAAAGAACAUGUCUAGCCCUCGCAAUAGCAUAAACAGACUGUCUGCCUUGUGCUCUGGCCUCCCACCUCUCCAGCUUGCAAAAAGGACACUUUUUCCUGUUUGCUUACCUCAUCACCCACUGUAUCCCUGGAAACUACUCCCUCCCAACUGGCUGGGUCUGCCCCCUCUGUGUCCAGCAGCAUCUUUUGUCCUGUUGAUAGCUUUCGUCAAUGGGUUAAUGGCUGGCCAUCAUCAUCUUUUGUCCUCUUCACCACCCACACUCAGCGAGCUCUGCCAGGCUAGUCUUCCUUGUUAGCAUAAACUGAGCCCAGAGAUUCCCAUGUUUGGCACAGUUUAGUCAAAUCUGGAUUAAUUCUGAUUUUUACGGAAUCCAAGAAUUAUGUGUGACUUGCACCCACAUGUCCCCUAAAUGGGUUCUGGGGCUUUCCUCAACCCUCUAGAGCAGAUUUGGGGAGGUUAAGGGCUGAAUGCAGAGAUAAUGCAGUGGGAGAGAAAAUCCCACUGCAUAAAUGGAACUACUUGAUUGGAUAGUUGGUUUUAUCCCAUUGCUAGCAUGACCUCUGUUAUGAAUGAGCUUUACAGUAUAAAUGUUGGUCUUUUUCUUUUAUUCUUGUUUGUGCUCUUAGUUCCUGGUGCCUUUGUUUAUGGUGAGUUUAGAUAUCCUAAAAACCACUUGGAAGCCCUUCUCCGCACACACAGGGAUUUUUGAAAUCUGCCUGAUACUAAAAAUAUAUUUGCUUUAUAUAAGUAAAGGUUGAAUGUCCAUUCUGUCCUUACAUCACGUCAAAGAGCAACCAAAUGCCAAUUUCUAUUUUAAUCUUUGCAGAAACCCUGGGAGUUAGGUGCAGGGCUGUAUGCUGACUCUUUGAAUGAAUGCACUUAGUUGCUACCUCUUUUACAGUGUCAUGGUUCCCAGUUCAAAUGUUGCAUCACUCUUAAUAUAAAGUACAAUGUGCUGAACUCAGAUAACAUGUUCUCGAGCCGUUACAGUAAUAUGCAACUUCUUGCUCAUCAAUUUGAACUGAAAAAGAUACUAGGCCACUAUUGUCAAAAGUUACUGACAAAAUAAAAAAAAAAUACAUGACUGACCUUGCUCUCCAUGUCACGCUGUGUCACCCACAACCCUUUCUUUUUGCCUAACGAAUAGUUCUGUGUAAGUCAAAAGCCUGCCUGUUUCUAUCCUGAUGUAAUUAAUCCAAAUGAAAGCUGUCCCUCUACAUUUUUUAAAAUUUUAUUUUGUGGGUUUCCCAUGCAUCAUAAAUGAUACUUAAAUCUAUCAGGAGGGCAGCAGUUUUGGGAUUUAUUUUAUAGAAAGUCAUUCAUCAGAACAUAACGAGAGCUCAAAGGCCCAUCUAUUCCAGCAUCCUUGUCUCACCUUGGCUGACCAGAUGUCUGUGGAAGCCUGCCAAGAGACAUACGUGCCACAGGUAAAGGGACCCCUGACCAUUAGGCCGACUCUGGGGUUGUGGCACUCAUCUCACUUUAUUGGCCGAGGGAGCCGGCGUACAGUCAUAUGGCCAGCAUGACUAAGCCGCUUCAGGCGAACCAGAGCAGUGCACGGAAACGCCGUUUACCUUCCCGCCAGAGUGGUACCUAUUUAUCUACUUGCACUUUGAUGUGCUUUCGAACUGCUAGGUUGGCAGGAGCAGGGACCGAGCAAUGGGAGCUCACCCCAUCACAGGGAUUCAAACCGCCGACCUUCUGAUCGGCAAGCCCUAGGCUCUGUGGUUUAACCCACAGUGCAACAGAACCGUCCCCAGUUCUGAUUCUCAACACCUUGCAUUUAGACGUGCCCUGCCUUUCAUGCUAAAGGUGAUAUACCACCAUCAUGGCUACUUGCCUUUGAUACCUUUAUCUUCCAUUAAUUCUUCUAAUCCCCUGUGCAAAGCCAUCCAGGCUGUUAGUCAUUACUACAUCUUGUGGUAGCAAAUUGCAUAAUUCAGCUGUGUGUUGGGUGAAGAAUUACUUUCCCUUCAUAGUGAAUCCAUCUUGAGGAUCAUGCAGAAUGAAAAAAAAACCAACAUUAUUCAGCAUUUCUUCCCAAUGUUAAAAACUAUCAUUCAUCCUUAAACCAUUUAGCAUCUUUUGCAGCCUUCUGGAAUGUGUUCUCUUUCAUAUCAUCAUUGGUGAUUUCAGCUUUAUAAGGAGUUGCAGUGUUCCAAAGGAAAUGGCAUUUAUAGUAUUGGUGAUACUUUACAUCCACUAAGGUCAAUGGGAAUUUGUAACUGGCUUCAGUUGCUUUUGCAUAAGGAAGUCAGGGAGCAAAUGUUUUUUUCAUGAGCUACAGAUGCUUUUAAUAGUGUGCAACCUUUGUGCUAGAGCACAGGUGUAUUACCCUAGCUUAAACAAGUCCUCUAUUAGCAUGCAGUGUCUUCUAACACACAUUCAAAAUUAGUCUCAGUAGAAAACCCAGUGCAUAAGUGUCAGUGUGUAAAAUGUACAGUGCAGUCUUGAAAAUACUUGUGGUGUUAUAUUUUUCUUUGUCUCCUGGAUUAAAUGUUUUGUAAAGGGUUGUUGGCACUUACUGAUGGAGAGCGGAGGGGUGGUGCGGGGUGGGGCUAAGUGUGACUGUGUGAGCAAUGCAUGCAGGUGCUCACAGCAGAAAUUGCAACCACUUCACUCCUCCACAGCCCUCUUGCUGCUGUGCUACCUAGAGCCAAGCCAUGGUUUGGCUUAGCAUUCCAUCCAAACCAGGGUCCAUGGAUUUCCCCGCUUUGGUGGGGUGGGGUGGGGUGGGGAGCAUGAGCUGUAGCCAAGGUUUGUUCUUGGGUAACCCUAAUGGUUUAAUCAGUCUGGUCACCAGAAUUUUAAGUUCCCUUCUUCUCCUAAUUGUGAUUAGUGAAAAAUCUCUUUAAAUUUGCUGGAAGCAUGAUUUAUCUUGCUUGAGAUUGGCACACAUAUGCAUUCCACAAUAACAGAGUUUUGGGGUUUUUUGACUCCUGUGUGCAUUAACAAGGACCUGAUGGAAUAUAUUAACUUGGCAGUGUGUUAUUUUGUUUUGACAGGAUGAGGCUUUUGACUAAGAAGCAGCUCAUCAUAUGUAAAUGAACUCCUCAUAAUUAACACUAGUCUUUGCUAUCCUUCUGCUGUUUGAUGUGCUGUAUAAUGUUUUUGCCACUGAACCCCAUAUGCCUGCCACUGUUUCUGAGCUCUUUCCUUAAUAGCAAUCUCUUAAGUUCAUCCUCAAGGUUCGUAACUCCUCUAACAUAACCUAGGCAAAGUCAACAGUUAUCAGUCUGUAAUUCCCACCUUCCCAUUGCUUCACCUUUUGAACCCAUUUGGAGUAUGUGGCUAAUAACUGCGUAAAUCGUAUUUUAUUUUUUAAUUAUUAUUUUUUUAAAAAAUCAAUUACAAAAGUAGAAUAUCUCAUUUUGCAAAAUGAUGUCAAUGCACAUUAAGAUAACAGAGCUGUUGUUUCAUUUCUAGCUUCCUAGAUCUGAGAGAAAUUCAGAUUCCUUUGCUCUCAGGUGCAAUCAGUGGUUUCACUUUAUGCAGGGCCCAGAAACCUGUAUUUGGUCCUGAUUUUAAGCAUUUGUUUUACUUAGAUGGGAGCUGAAGAAGUUCAACACUCUGCUGCUGUGCUGAUAUAGAUAAAUGAGAGAAAGAGGACAGUCCCAUACCACAGAGAGAGAGAGAGAGAGAGAGAGAGAGAGAGAAGGAGGAAAGCCUCAAAAUAAAAAAAUAAAAAUAGGGAACUUUAAUAAAACAGUCAGUAAGUUCUCUGUUGUGUUUCAGUGGAAAAUUUUCUCAAGGGCACAAUAAUUCAGUUUUGUUGAAUUAUUAUAAUAAGGGAAGUUCUGAGGUACUAAGGCAUGGAAAGAGUUUUGAUUUUAUUCCAAAGUUUAUAAAUUUCCUCCUGGUAUGGCUCAGGUACCUUGAUGUUUAAAAUAAUCAGAUACAGAAUUUUCUUCAUGUACUUUUUAGUUCUUUAAACAUUUAAGCUCAAGAUGUUGUUCUUCAGCAGCACCAAUAAGUACUUGGUGAAAUACACGAGACUUCUGAAUAAGCAUGCAUAGUAUUUGGAUGUAAGACACAAUUUUGUAUUAAUUCCAUAAUUCAGAGCUUCUGACUAAAGAGCAAAAAUUGUCUGCUUUCCUAAUUACUGAAAAAAAGAGUUUUUGUUAAUCAGUUUGCAUACUUUUACUUAUGGUUCCUGAAUUACCACACUGAUAAUAUUCUACCUUUCCAGCCUCUAAAUGCACCCACACUUCUCUUCGUUUGUUGUGCUUCUUUCUCCUCUGAAUGAAGAUGCUUAUAGGGCUCUGGCAGUAAUCUCCCAGGUUUCAUUUCUGAUACAGAUAAUCAUUUUUCUACUCAUGCAGACAGUUGCCCCAAAUAUUCCUCAUAUUUGAUUCGAUCACAUUUACAGUGGUACCUCGGGUUAAGUACUUAAUUCGUUCCGGAGGUCCGUUCUUAACCUGAAUCUGUUCCUAAAUUGAAAUACCACUUUAGCUAAUGGGGCCUCCCGCUGCCGCCGCACCGCCGGAGCACGAUUUCUGUUCUCAUCCUGAAGCAAAGUUCUUAACCCGAGGUACUAUUUCUGGGUUAGCGGAGUCUGUAACCUGAAGCGUAUGUAACCCGAGGUACCACUGUACUUUUGACAGGGGUGGGGAAGCAAUAUAAUUAGUAAAUGGAUGUAGACUUUUGUACAAGCUAGAACAAUAAAGCACAUUGGACUUUACAUUCCCAUGACCAGUCAUACACCAAGUCAGUAGUACACAUGUGCUAGCCUGUGGAUUAUAGUACAGUGGUACCUCGGGUUACAGAUGCUUCAGGUUACAGACGCUUCAGGUUACAGACGCUUCAGGUUACAGAUUCCGCUAACCCAGAAAUAGUACCUCGGGUUAAGCACUUUGCUUUAGGAUGAGAACAGAAAACGUGCGGUGGCAGCACGGCGGCAGAGGGAGGCCCCAUUAGCUAAAGUGGUACCUCAGGUUAAGAACAGUGUCAGGUUAAGAACGGACCUCCAGAACGAAUUAAGUUCUUAACCCGAGGUACCACUGUACUAUAAUCCAUGUUCAUUUGCCCAAUUCAUUUUUCAGGAGCAAGAAACAAAGUUCUCUUUGCAUGCACACAGCUUUGUUUGGAACACAAAGAUCUCUGAAACACAGCAGACUUUCCGUGGGUGUCUGAGAGCAAAGGAGUCAAAGAGGGGGGAAAUCCAUGGAAAUAAAGGGAUACAUUUCUCAGUCUCCUACUUACAGAGAUACCUCUGGUCCUGAAAUGGGAGUUCUUGUUGCUGAAAGAAAAUGCAACUUCAGAAUUUAGAGACUUGAAUAUCUUUAAUGAUCUCAUGAGUUGUGUAGUUAAUUUACCUUCUAUUGUCCUGAAGCUGUAGUUUGGGAAGCUGUAUCUUAAACCUGCCUGUAACUUGCCAUUACACCUGACCUCCUUACUCUUACCUUGCAGGAAUAUCUUCCAGAUUCCCAGAAAUCAUGUCAGUAGGAUCACACUCGUUCUCCCCUGGAGGCCCUAAUGGGAUUAUUAGAAGUCAAUCCUUUGCUGGCUUCAGCGGUCUCCAGGAAAGAAGAUCAAGGCAAGUAGCAGCUCCAAAGCCAGGCUUUCAGCUUGUAAAUAGGGGGUGGGAAGCUUUGUUGGGGUCUGUUGUUGUUAUCCCUUUGUUAUCUAUUGCAAAGGAUGCCUCAGUUAUGGACCUGACUGUGGUGAAAUUUAAAUUAAGCAAACAGAAAACAGCUCUGGCUUUACCAAAGGUUAUCUCCUUGACCUAUCAUGUCUUUUAAGACUUCAGCAAGGUUUUUCAUUGGCUUCACAAUUGAGGAUGGGUGAUGGGAAGCGGUUGCACGCAGUCAUAAGAAAACAAAGGAAACCAUUCCACAGGGAAUGCAGUCAGGGUCUAGCCCUUUCUUUCCCUUACAGAUGUGUCAAAUUGUCUGAUUUGCUUUAGAGCCAGUUUAAUCUUAACUGCUUCAUGAAUUCUCUUUGCUGCCUUAGUAGGUUCAGACAUGCUGUUUGCAGCAAUAUUUCUCAAGACAGUGCGCACUCACCACCACAAGGCCAGAAUAUGGAAAUUAACAUAUAUAUUUUAAAACAGGUAGCAGUGUAGGCCAGGGUUGGAGCAAGAAGUCAAGAGUAGGCAGCAACCCGUUUUUUCUCCUCUUCCUAGGAUCAAAGUCAGCAACCUGGCAUUGUUGGGCAGCGCUGAGCAUCUGGGUCUAGCUACCACAACACCACAAUGUCCACACUGCCAAAGGCAGCACUAUAUGGAGGAAAUUGUGGGAACGGAAAAUGGAGGACAUAAACAAAACAUUGGUGCUGCCAAAGCUAUGCUGGCCACCAGGCCCCACUGAUGGAGGCAGAAACCCAUCAGAGGGUGCUUAGCUGAGGGCCCACUCAAACUUGAAGUUGUCCCUGUCUCCAUCCUGUGUUUCUGUGCCCCUUUUGUCUCUAUAGCUGAAUAUCAUCUGCAGUUUACGUCACAUAUAGUAAUGUUCUGGUAUUAAUGAUGCUUAGGGACAGAUGGCUAUUACACAUUAACUUUUUCAGCAAUGUUGCAGAACUCCCCACCCCCACCCCCCAUUUAAGGGGGUUUCUGUGGCCAGCUUGUUGCAGGUUGCUUUUUUAUUUAUAGUCUUUACUUGAUAUUAACUUUUUCCAUAUGCAUACAAAGCAUAAAGGCAAAGAACAUCUAUCAUGAGCUCAUUGCAGGUUGACGUGAGUCGCCAGGGCAGUCUCCUGCAAGAGCUCUAUUAAAAUGACAGAGAGCAAGCUGCUUAGCUCGUUUGGAUUGUGCCUUUGUUUAAUAUUAAUUACAUCCUGCCUAAAUAUGAAUCAAAGUGGUUACCGACCUGAAAGAUCCACAGUGCAAUAACCUGCCCUUCUCUUCUUCUAUUUAGUUUCAUUGCAUGGUACAUUUUAAAUCUAUUGUUACUCACACUGAGCCUUUGCAAGGGGACCCACUGCAGGUCUAAAUAAAUCAAAAGAAUUAAAUCAAAUUCAGCGGCACUGCACAUUUCUGCAAGUGGAAUAUCAGGUGCUGAUAGAAUAUCAUGUUUGCUCAGACCUAUUAACCCAUAAACUUUUCCUCCUCUGGCAGGCAGCACAGUAAGCAGAUUUAUUUGAGUCGGUAAAGAUUAAGUUAGGGAAAGCUCCUUAGGCGAUGCUCCUUUGAGAUAACCAGAUAAUCGUGAUUUAUACCUUUUCUUCCACCCCUUGCUCCCCUUUAAUGUUUGUUUUGCAGGUGUAACUCCUUUAUUGAAAAUUCCUCUGUGCUCAAGAAACCCCAGGCAAAAGUGAAGAAGAUGCACAAUCUGGGACACAAGAGUAACAGCGCUGCUAAAGAGCCUCAGCCUGAAAGGAUGGAGGAGGUUUACAGGGCCUUAAAGAAUGGACUGGAGUAAGAGCUUUUAUAAGUCUGGAGCAGCACUAAAAGUGUCUUUACUGCUCUGCGGAAGAACAGCUUCUUGCCCCCCUGGAGUGAAUAAGACUUUAACUUCUGAUGUCAAAGAUAGGUUUAUCAGCUCCCCCAAAGCAAUGAGUUCCUGCUUCUCCUCUUAGCAGCUCAGGGCAGAUCUGCAGAAUCUUUAGAUGUUCAGCCACAGUGGUACAGCUGGGUGAUUUUAGACUCUGGACUUAAUGGACUUACUUGGGGCGAGGGGGUGGGUGACUUUAGAUAGCUGUGUGUAUUACUUUAGUUGUGAAGCUCACAGUUCACAGUUCUCUUUGUGCACACGCUCACCAUGUGCCAGUGGUGUAGCGUGGGGGGUGCAGGGGGGGCCAGCCGCACCGGGCGCAACAUCUGGGGGGGGCGCGCUCGCGCUCGCACUCGCAGCUCUCUGCCCCUACCUGGCUCACUCACUCUCUCUCACUGCAGUGCUGGCUGUGCGAAUCCGAUCCGAGCCGCUGGGUCGCCGCCCACUGUGGAGGGGGUGGGUGCCAGGCGUGCGGUGCGGAGAGAGAGCGAGGGACUAUCUGGGGGAGGGACAGUGCAGCGGCCGCCCAGCGCAGCGCUGAGCGCGGGAGAGAACCACACCAGACCAGACCAGGCAGCAGCAAGAAGAAGCUGGCAGCGGCGGCAGGUUAGGGGUUAGGGGGUGCAAAUUACUUGCCUUGCCCCGGGUGCUGACAACCCACGCUACGCCGCUGCCAUGUGCUUUACAACUGCUUUUACAUUUUCUUUAUUAUUAAGAGAGAGAAACAAACACAAAACAGUUUGCCAAUGCUGAUUAAAAAGCAUAAUACUUGAGCAUACUUUUGUUAUAGAAAAGGAGUGUAUAAAUUUAAUGUUAAAAUAAUAAUAAAAUGAGCAUCAGAGGCCAUAUGCAUGUCUGGCCAGCUGCCCCCUGACUUUAAAAUGUUUUUAAAGGUAAGAAGAAUGAAAGCAUCCCAUCAUCUUCUGAUUUAAGAUUGUGCAGAUCCUUACCCAGACCAGCUCCACUCUUUCCCUGCCUACCAUGGUGGGAACAUACUGCUGACUUUAGCUUUCACUUGCCCAUAUUUUUGGCAGAUGCAACAGGGACUUCCAUGGUGGUGAAGGCACUGCCCGCAUCCCCACCAGUGAAGCCCAGAAAAUCUGGUACAGAGGGAAACCUCAGCUGCAUCCAAAAACUGUUCAGCCAGUGUAGUGGAUUGAAGGGAGGGGGUAGACUGCUCUCUAAGGCUGCAAUCCUAUACAGUCAUACCUCAGGAUAAAUAUGCUUCAGGUUGAGUGCUUUUGGGUUGCGCUCCAUGGCGACCCAGAAGUAACGGAACACAUUACUUCCGGGUUUCGCUGCUCACGCAUGUGCAGACAGUCAAAAUGAUGUCAUGCGCGGAAGCAGCGAAAUGCGGCACGCGCAGAUGCGCUGUCACGUCUAACGUUCUGUUCAGGAUGCGAAAGGGGCUCCGGAACGGAUACCGUUCGCAUCCCUAGGUACCACUGUACACAUUUCCCUGUGAGCAAGUCUGACUGAAUUCAGUAGGACAUGCUUCUGAGUGGAGAGGAUUGCACUGUUAAUUAAGCAAACUUUACUUGGUUGAACAGUUCGUGGCAAGAGUAAAACUUAGCAAAACAGCUUUUCUAUCCACAGAAAUCAGCAAUCGGCACUUCAUUACUGAAACGUAACAGGGCUGAUGUUUCGCUUUUUGUUAUCUUUGCAGUGAGUAUCUGGAAGUGCAUCAAACAGAGCUGGAUAAGUUGACUGCUCAGCUAAAGGACAUGAAAAGAAACUCACGGCUGGUAUGUCUUUGUCGUAGGACUCAAAACAUUAAGGAGGUUCAGGUAGCUGUAAUGCAAGUGGUACAGUCCCCCCAUGAGGUCUCCACAACCGAAGAUUUCAGACUAGGAGGCAUUUGUGUUAAAGUGUCCACAUGUUAAAAAUGUACUGUCUGGGUAGAACCUUCCCUCUGAUAUUGUAAUUUUAUGAUGCGGUAGCAAUUGUCACAGAUAGAUGAUCUCACCGCUGGAAUGCAUUACACUUUAGGAGCUGUGCUACAUUUGAAUAAGGCCCUGACACAAAGUAGUGCCUGACCCACACUGGUACUGUUCCGUGUUGCCAUCCACAUCAUCACUCAAGGCAGAUCCAUUUGGUCAGUUUCACUCUUUCUUUACUAGUUGCUGUUUUGUGCAAAGCUACAUGUGGUUCUCUCACAAACAGCGCUGCAGAAAACCCUGCAUUGCUAGGCAUAUGGUGAUGAAAAAAAAUCCAAAAGUUGUUGAAUACUUUUAGAAGUCUUCAUGAUCUAUCCACACAUUUCAGGGCCAGCUACAUAAGUCGCUUCAUCAUGGGGAGGGAAAACUUGCCUUCUUAAAUUAACUUAAGGCCCAAGACAACAAUUCAGCAUCGCACUUGAGAGAAUGUCUACUGAACUAUUAAUCCUUUCAUUUCGUUCAUUACAGGGGGUGCUGUAUGAUCUAGACAAGGUAUGUCUAUCUGCAACUUAUCUGCAAAAAUAAAUGUUAAACCCAGUCUUUGUGGCAGCAGACCAUAAGAUUAGUUGUGCAAGGGAACCUUUCUGAUUGUGCUACAGUUAUGCAAGGAGACAGUAGAAGGAUGGGCAUAAUCAGUCCUUAUUCAUUCAUUUUGCAACAGCAACUUUUAAUCCAGAAUAAUUAUUUCAGAGAAAGUGGUUUGAGGAUUGCGGUAUGAACUCAGUAUUGCUCUCAGCAAGUUUUUGACCCAGACUUCGUAAUAGUUCUACUACUAUAUUUUGAGGAAACUGGUAAAAGGCUGAAAAAGCCCCUCUUUGUCUAAACCCGCACUGAUUUUUACAUUUUCUUUUAGAAAAUAAUCUACUUUCAAGUACAUGAUUCUAUUAUUAAUUACAAAAAGGUUGCUAUGAAAUUAAAAGUAUUCACCUUUAAGGAAAGGCAGUGUUCCUUCCGAAUACCAAACUGGUUUGACAGGAGAAUAUGACAGUUCUGCAAAAAGGCCAAAUCAGUUCAGCUCAUCUCAAUUGCCUGUCAUUCUUCCCAUUCUAAUUAUUUUUAAUUUAUUUUGCAGCAAAUGAAAGCAAUUGAAAGAUAUAUGAGAAAGCUGGAGUUCCACAUCAGCAAGGUAAUCAGCUGUCCUUUCAUCUUGCUUUUAACUUUGUUCUUAACCUAUUUAUCAAAAGCCAGUCUAGCAUUCUCCUUUAUUCCACAGAGAUCUCCUCACAAAGCACCUCUUCAAGAAGGUUUUGGUUAGGUGGUAUUGCUUAUGUCAGCUGCAAGUGGGGUGUGGGGAUUCAAGGGAGUUCACAAUGUGCCCCCAGUUGUUGCCACCAUCCAACAAUUCAGCAUAGCACUGCCCUGAGGCAUGUUGCAAGAGAUGGUAGGCCCAGCAAACACAACACAGGCACCACUGUUCUGUUCAUGCUCCAAAGGCUGAUACAGGCAGUCCAGUUUUCUGCCCAGUUGCUAAGCAGAAAACCUGCCAAGGGGACUUAAGCGGGAGACAGGACAUUUUUCUCUGCCAUCAAGUGAACCUGCAGAUAUUAAACAAAAGAUAUCCACUUCAGGUUAAAAUAUGUGCAUGCUAUUUAGCUAAUCCUUUCCCAUUUUGACUAGGUAACUAAUUCAUAUAAUACUAGUAAAUUAUUGUCAUUUUAAUGAGAGUGUUCCUAGAGAGAGUGCCUGUGCAUUGCUUUGAUUCCUGAGGGCGAGGGUGCACUGCAACUCUAAUUGAAGAGACACCUUGCAUGGACCACAAAGUUCCUAUAGUUGACACAGGUGGGGCUGUGGUCUAAACCACGAAGCCUCUUGGGCCUGCUGAUCAGAAGGUCAGUGCAAACGGGGUGAGCUCCCAUUGCUCUGUCUUAGCUCCUGCCAACCUAGCAGUUCAAAAGCACGGCAGUGCAAGUAGAUAAAUAGGUACCACUGCGGUGGGAAGGUAAAUGGCAUUUCCGUGCACUCUGGUUUCCAGUGCUCUGUCACAGUGUUCUGUUGUGCCAGAAGUGGUUUAGUCAUGCUGGCCACAUGACCCGGAAAGCUGUCUGUGGACAAACGCCGGCUCCCUCGGCCUGAAAGCAAGAUGAGCGCCGCAACCCCAUAGUCACCUUUGACUGGACUUAAGUCCAGGGGUCCUUUACAUUUUUUACCUUUUACCUUUAUACUUGAUGGCUGUGUCAGUAAAUGCCAGACUAUCCUGUGGACCAAAUAAUUGGAUAAAUUAAAUUCUCUUCUCCCUCCCCUAAGUUGCAAAGCCUGAUUAGGCCCCCUGCAGCGGCUGUUUGCAUUUUUACCAUUAUUCACACAACCUAAAGAUACUUAGAUAUAGUUAUUUUGGCCCUGUGCUAGCAGUGCCAUUCCAGCGUUACACUGCAGUUGUGUCCCCAAGGGCAGCCCUUGCUUAUAGCAAGGAGCAUAGCAGCAAGUAGGAAUUUUUUGCCUGCUUUCAGCUAAAAUCUUCUGUGCUAGGGCAUCCAGAACACAGCCAUUAUUCCCAUACUCACGGAUCAAAUAUUCAUCAAGAAAAUAGUUCCUAGAAUAAUAUGUUCCCUGCCAGCAAAAUGUCAUGCAGCAGAGUACUUUUUGUUCAAGUCCCUCCCACUCAGAGCCAAGUGAUUUCGGUGUUUUUAGCGAAGAGUGAGUUGCUACAGAGCUAAUUCCACACUAAAUUGUUCAGCAUAUUAGCUUUCUGUUCUGUAGCCCAUGGUGACAAAUAAAAGGGACUUCAUGUGAAGCAAGGUUUUAUGAGGCCAGAAUGUAAGCAACUAACUCAUGGAAACCUUUUAAUGGAAAGUAGCGAAACUUAAGCUGAAUGUCUGAGGACCAGUGCAUGCUGGUCUUCCAGUGAAAGCUGUGAAAUUAUACUCUGAACAGGAAACAAAGCAAGGAAAACAGGAAAUGUGGUAACUAAUGUGUUGCUCUGUAGCACAGCAGACGGGUCUGUGAUAACUCCACUCAGAAAGAGAGUGCAAAUGUCAUACCACACCCUUGUUAACAGAAGUAAACAGCAAAGUAAACAUUUUCUAGGAUGGAGACAGUAGCCUGACCCACAAGUGCUAUACCAUUUACAACCUUUCUAAACUGCCUCCCCUAGGACUGAGCUUUGAGGAUUGGCGCAUAACAUAAUACUAGCUGUAAUGUGUGUUGUAGGCAUCUAUAUCUUAUUUUUUAAUGAAGCAGGUUUGGCUAACUAGUUGUUGCUGUUGGCAUGUGUCUGUCUCAAGAGACAAUGGAGUGCACUUCUGGGGGUGAAGUCAAACAGCUGCAUUAGCAGCACCGAAGUUACCUCCCUGGGACUCAAGCCUGGGCAGUGAAUAUGGAGGUUCUGGGCUGCCAGACAACAAGACCCCUCUCUUGGCCUCGCUAAUGUGGUCCAAAGAAAAGCAGAGCAAUACAUUUGACACCAGCUUGGCUGCAGGAGCUGCUGGAACAAGGCACUAUCCAACCAUCUUAGGGACUCCAUUCUGGAUUUCUGGAGGGUUUACUCCUUUGCCUUUUAUUCUUCCGAAGAUAUCCCUCAAAGCAGCAGAGAUUUAGGAUCAGAGUUCUCCUUCUCCUACAUGGGCUCCCCUCCCAGGUUGAUGAGCCCCAUCUGCCCCUCACUUCCCUGUACAGCACGUGCAGAAACCACCUUCUUGACUGUUGGACCCACUACUAGUCUUGCCGGCUCAAUCUCUCAGAGCCUGUAUUCACAUGCAGGGUCCCUAACUCGCCAAAGGUUUGCGACCCAUUGGUUACCCUCAGCUGGUUUAGCCAGCCAGUCAAAGACAUUUCCCGGGGUGUGGCCACUGUUGCAUGCUGACAGCUUCUAGGAGCCACAGGUGAGAGCUGCAUGAAGGGUGGGGACCAAAGGUGGAGAGACUACCCCAUGAAGCGGCCAACUAAUGUAGAAGCUUGAACUUCCUGUGGAGGAGCUACUUCACUGCAAUACCGUGGCAUAUUGCUGAUGCAUUUUUCUCAUUCUGAGAAUUAAUCCAAGCAACUAAAGCUGAUAAGCAGGGAUCUUUUGUAAGUUUUUAAAGAAAGCUUAAUGAGAGAAGGGAAGGUUUGAACAAAUUACAGAAAAGCAUGAGGCAGUGACAGAGAUACGAGAGGCUGCUGAUGAAUUCAUUGUUGUCAUCAUGACAUUGUAAAUAGGAAGGUGCUUUUCCACACUGGAAUUAUUUUCAAUUUGAAGGCAGGGGUGGCAUCAGCAAUGACGUUGUCUACACACCAAUCUGUGUAUAGAAAAAUAUUCUGGAUUGCUUCAUUUAACUUCCUUUCAGUUAACUUUCCUUUUUCUUUCCCUUAAAACAAAACUCAGUGGUCUAUUGUUUUUCCACUCAGGUUGACGAACUGUUUGAAGCUUAUUGUAUCCAAAGACGGCUCCGCGAUGGUGCCAGCAAAAUGAAACAAGCAUUUGGGUUGUCCCCUGCCAGUAGGGCAGCUCGGGAGAGUUUGACAGAAAUCAACAAAAGCUACAAAGAAUACACAGAGGUACAUGAUGGCCCAUUACACGUAAUCUUCCCCGGGUUAAAUUUACAACUAAUUUGUGGUGGGAGCAUUGAUUGAGUUGUUAUAGUGCUGAGAAGACAGAUUAUGGAUUGAUCAAAGCAUGGAAUCUGCUGCCACUCAUAAUAGCUUCAUAUGUGUGCAGCCUUGUGGAUUCUACCGCCCAGAGUGGAGGUUCAUACUGUGGACCUCAUCUUGCUAACUCAAGAGUUACAAGAAGACCAACACUUGUUCAGUGUUAACUGCCCAACAGAUAUUGAAACUGAUUUCUUCCUUUACCAUGGAAGUAAUCGGCAAGGAAGUAUUCUUUCACCAAGGAAAUCCUGACUGGUGUCAUAAUUUCAAUUCCAGAAUUUUUGAAAGGUAUCUGGGGGAACAGAGGUUUAACAGACUGGGAAAUUGUCUACCAGGGGCUUCACUUCAAUUCUUCCAGUGCCCAUUUCUGCGUGGAAUAGAAUGAGCUUUAGAAACACUUGUGUGGGAGUUCUGGACUUGGGGGGCAGAAGAUGAGGCUUGCAGGCUAGAGAGAAUUGCAGUGCGGGGGGAGCUGGAGUACUGAAGGCAGAGCUAGACUUCAUUCCCAGCUGCAGAAGGACUGAGAGAAACUUCUAAGUGCUUGUCUGAGACCAAGAGUUGGAGGGUUGUGGGCUGUUACAAAAAAUAUUGUUACAAAAUUCUUACUUGGAAAGCAUUUCCAUAUGGAAAUUGGUGUAAAGCUUCUCUAUAAAUUGUCACAUGUAAAAAUUUCACAAAUGUGCAUUCACUGUGUGUACAUGCCCUGGAAGAGCUACAGUUGGCCAUGGCUUUCUAGAAGUCCUGAAAGGACUUCUAAGCCCUGCCAGCAGUCAAAGGAUUGCUUGCGCCAGCAUUUCAUGACUUGUAAAGAUGUCAGCCUGGCUCACUAGAGUCUAGACAUUGGGGAAGACUUGCUAAGCUCCUGACUCCAUGGACAAUGAGGAAGAAAAUAGCCAUUUCUGGGAGCAUAUUCUCAUUCUUUAAUUCCCUUUUCCUUUCCACCUUCUCCAGGCUUCAGCAAGAGUCAGGACUGCACUGGAACUUUCUACAUAUAGUUACUUUUUAAAAAAACAACAACAACAACCCAGUUAUAUAGUGUAUUUUAAGGCACUUCUAUAUUUUGGAUAGUUGAACUGAUACUAGUCUCCUCUUUUCCCACACAGAACAUGUGUACUAUUGAAGGAGAGUUGGAAAAUCUAAUGGGGGAGUUCUGCAUUAAGAUGAAAGGUAAUUGGCUCACUUUUCAUUACUUUCACUGCACAAAUAGCAUGGGGAAAGCACUGUCUCUCUCCCCUCUCUCUGUGCUUGUGUUUCUGAAAACACUGAGAGCACAAACCAAUUUAGAUGAGAGGUUUGUUUUCCUCCUCCCAUCACAUUGGUUAUGGACGCUUAAGAACCCCACUACUCUGCUCAACAUUCAAAGCAACAGGCAGCAAUUGUACAUGGUGAAAUAUCAAGUAUUUGCAGCACAUUUUUCUAAGACUUUCAGCAUGCGUUCUUCUUCAAAGUGAUAUGGUUGGGGUGAAGCUUGGGGAACAGCUAAGAAAUGCUGUCACUCUCAGGGAUUCUGAGACAAAGAAUGGGAGUGUUUUUUAAUACCUAUCUAGAUUAUAAUGGGAGUGCAAUAUAUUUUCCAGAAUCAAGCUGUUGAUUUUUAAAAGCACAAGCUCUGUCACUGAGCUACGGUCCUUCACAAACUGGGCAAUUGCGAUUUUGUCAUUCUGCAUACUGAUGUUGCAAAAGCCUGGUUCUCCUUUGCAUGUCAACCCAAAUAAAACUGUGCAAUAAAGGUUUCCCCAGAAAGUAGUAAUGAAUGUAGGUGCUGGGAUUAAACCAGAAAAAACACUUUGGAGCCUAUGUUUCUGGAAGCUGGAGCUUAAACCCUAACCAUAUAUGACAGGAUGUAAUAGACUUUCAUUAGGCUCCAAUGUGCGCAGGAGCACAGAGAACUGAUGCAGGGGCAGUUUGGGAAUGCCUUAAGAGUUUUUCACUUCUCAUUUGUUUUCACCUGCUUCUGUUUGCCCCAUGGUAGGCCAUGUGUUUAACAGGGGAGAUGGGCUGCAGAGAUCAAGUUGUCCUAUACUAAGGCAUCAAAAGGGAGAUGGAGCCAAUGGCAGCGUGCUAGUAAAUUUAAAUUAUUUAUAAAUAAUAAAUAAAUUAGAAAGUGGGAGGUAAUAUGAACCCGAAAGAGGGCUGCAUUGUUCUGGAAGUUGGAGCAGUGCGGGAGGAGGGCAGGAGAAACAAGGUCUUUAUUUUCACAGGCAGAGGGAAAGAUCCCCUUGGCUAUAAGAAUGAAGCUACAGGGCACAGCCGUGUCAAGAUAUGUUAGACCAGCCAUUAGUGCAAGAGUGACAUUUGCCCCAAAUAAUGUUGUUUUAAUAAAUGCUAUGUGACAGCAGAAAGGAAACCAGUUUCCAUGAAUUAAGGGAACUGGGACUCAGGAGAGUCCUGUGUCCUAUUUCCGAGUUUGACACAGGAUUUCUGUGGCAGGUUUUCAUUGAUUGAAACAGAGCACCUUUUCUCUUCCCUGCUGUUGUGCCAGUAGGAGGUUUCCCCUGUGUAUGUUAUUUAUGUGAAGUUGCUCCAAAAUAAUUAUUUUGUAGACCGCAAAUGAAUAAUUUCUCCAAAACCCCUUUUAAAUACAUGAAAAGUCAGCACAGUUUGUGAGGAGCUGCUGCCACCAACGGGCUGAAAAUAGGAAUGCCAUGCAGCUACACUCCCCUUGCCAUUCCUAUGUAUUUAGGCCACUGCCAUCUGAUUCCAUAACCAAAACUAGUGCAGUGGUGCCCCGCAAGACGAAUGCCUCGCAAGACGGAAAACUCGCUAGACGAAAGAGUUUUCCGUUUUGGAGGUGCCUCGCAAAACGAAUCUGCUAUGGGCUUGCUUCGCAAGACGAAAAUGUCUUGCGAGUUCCUGGGGUUUUUUUUUCCUUUUCCCCCUCUUUUUCUAAGUCGCUAAGCCGCUUAUCUGCUUAUCCGAUAAGCUGAUAAACUGCUAAAAGCCGCUAAAAGCCGCUAAAAGCCGCUAAAAGCCGCUAAUCCGCUAAUCCCAUCAAUGGGCUUGCUUCGCAAGACGAAAAAACCGCUAGACGAAGAGACUCCCAGAACGGAUUCUUUUCGUCUUGCGAGGCACCACUGUAGUUAAGGUGAGCUGUUCAUAAUGCAGCAGUGUGUCUUUGGUGCCAGUGUGAUCAUGUAGCUGAGUGCCUUAUGAUUAAUGAUAAUAAUGAUUGUCACUCAUUUAACCUUGAUCUUUACUUUCUUCGUGCUCUGCCUGUCAUGGAGAAUAAAUGUCCCAAAUCUGUGCCCCCAGUCAAGAGGCCCACGCGUGUGCUGAUAUUCCUGAGUGGGGUUACCAUUUCACUCCAGUAAAGAGCACACCUAGUAGACAGAUUUUCACCCUUCACAACAGGGAGCUGAUCCCUCAUCUUACAUUUUGGGAUAGUCAAAUACCGUAUGUGUUUUGUACGUGGAAUGUGGGGGUGGGGAGCAUAUUUGGAGUGGCCCUCUCUGGGUCAGAAUUGUGAGGAUUUGAAAAGUUAAUAGGAAAAUGCUCCCUAUUUCAUUAAUUAAUUACUGUUCGCACGGUGGCGCUGUGGUCUAAACCACUGAGCUUCUUGGGCUUGCCCAUCAGAAGGUCGGCGGUUUGAAUCCCUGCAAACGGGGUGAGCUCCCGUUGCUCUGUCCCAGCUCCUGCCAACCUAGCAGUUCGAAAGCAUGGCAAAAAAGUGCAAGUAGAUAAAUAGGUACCGCUCCAGCAGGAAGGUAAAUGACGUUUCCGUUCGCUGCUCUGGUUUCUGUGUUCUGUUGCACCAGAAGCAGCUUAGUCUUGCUGGCCACAUGACCCGGAAAAACUGUCUGCGGACAAAUGCUGGCUCCCUUGGCCUGUAAAGCGAGAUGAGCACUGCAACCCCAGAGUCGUCUGUGACUGGACUUAACUAUCAGGGGUCAUUUACCUUUUUUUAUUCAUAGUAAUAGUAGCAGCUGCUGUUACUUCAUGGAAAGGAAGGUAACGGAUUGUCCUCAUAAUUCUGCCUAUUUCAAGAAAUAUAAUCUAGCAAAGCCUGGCAUAUGGGGAGGGAGAAUGUAAGGUGGAAGAUUUUGCAGUAGCCGAGUGCUGCCCAAUGCAUUGCUUGUUUGAAGAUGAGCUUGAUUCUUUAUCUGUCUUGGCAAGCUGUACUUAAAUAGCCUGGUCCGAAGUCAGCAGACAAAUCCUGCCAGGAAACAGAGAAUAAAUUAGGCAUUCAGGGCUCCCAAAUAAAUGAACCUACCAACUACCCCAACAAUCUCCCCAUGCAUCCCAUAAUAAACCCUAGUAACAGAAACAAUAAACCAGGCAUCCAUCACUACCAUUUUCAGAGGAGCAAUAGUUGAAGGAGUUGGAUGGAGCAGCUUGGAUCCUCCUCCUUUGGCGAGAGAGGAGGAUGGAGUUCAGAGUUGCUCUCUCAAUGGCAUAAGAGGUUUGGCAGCAUUGUGGAGUGUUGGUGAUCAAGUUCCAAGUAUAGAGUCACUGAUGUAAGAAAGAGAGGGCAUAAGCAUUUCUUCUGAAACGGAUCUCAAAUGUUGUUGGCUCCUAGGUCUGGCUGGUUUUGCUCGACUUUGCCCUGGAGACCAGUAUGAGGUGAGUGACUUUGUAAAAAUGGCAUUUUCCAUCACGUUCAAAGGUUUCCACAUGGCAUUUCUUCCUGUUCUCAUAUCCUGCACAGCAAGAAAGGUCCCACUAUUCUCUAUUUAUGGAUGAAUGCACUCUGAGCCUUUCCCACGUAAAGACUAUGAAAUUGGUCCCAGAGAGCUGAUGGAUGGCUAGCAAGAUAACAACAGAUCUUUCUUUAGCUUUGUUUUGGAAGGGUGUCAGCAUGCCUCUCAAUAUUUUGUUCUUGGCAUAGGUUUUCUUCCUCUUGUGGCUCCCAUAUCCAGCCAGGACAGGCUGACUUGAGCUGAUCAAUUAGAAAAGUUCAAGCCAGCCUCUCUCUCCCUUUCAUUUCUUCUCUUUUCCCCCUCAAGGACAGAGAUGUAAGUUCAUCAACAAGUAGGACCUACAACAUAAUCACUUGUCUCUGGCCGGGCCACAAUUUGUGAGUCUGUGCUCAAGUGGGGUCUGCUGGUGAUGCUGCAUGAAAACACAUUGUUUGCAUUGACAUUCAAGGUUUCCAAGCUUCCAUAGCACCCCUAAACAAAAGCAAGCAUUCCUUAGCUUUCUCUUCUUCCUAAUGUUCUAGAACUACAGAGUACAAAUCUGUUUGGCUUGUUCUCUGGAAGACUACAAAAGCUAUGGUUUACAGUGUCGUUGUCAUUGUUUUAAAAAAAGAGGUCGAACAGUAAAAUGCAUAGUGGUGUUUUGUCACUGUGCAUGCAUUGUAGCUACAGUGUAUUAGGUUGGAUAAAACUCUUAUCCUUCUCACUAUGCUUUGUUCAAAGAGACAGAGUGUAAGAGAAACAGAUAGUACAAAUAUGUGGGUUGUGAGAACACACUACAGCUUUCCCUUUUUUCACAGAUUUUCAUGAGGUAUGGCCGUCAGAGAUGGAAACUGAAAGGCAAAAUAGAAGUCAAUGGCAAGCAAAGCUGGGAUGGAGAAGAAAUGGUCUUCCUCCCUCUUAUCGUUGGGUUGAUCUCCAUUAAGGUAUCAGUAUAAGUAUCAUGGUUUUCAUUUAACUAGCCACAUGUGAGCCAAGCAGGACUAUAAUGCUGCUCUACAGGUAGUAAGCAGUGCCAUUCAGACUUCCCGCUAUUAAUUGAACUUAUGUGUAUUAUCUUCAUACAUUUAUAAUCCCACCUUCUUUUCAUCUUGGAAUCAAAGGCAAUGUGCAUGUGGUUCUCCAACCCAGUCACUGACCAAACUCAGACCAUAUCCUGGAUGCCUUUAAUUUUUGUGAGAGACUCCAGGUAUCCUGCAGUGAUUUUAUAUAUUGAGUCAGGUAAGGAACUCGGUUGUCAGUGCGUCACUACCCUUCUCAACCAUACUCUUUUUUCAAAAAGUGUUUUUAAUAUUGUUUUCAAUACAGUAACCCAUCCUGGGACCUUAGGGUGAAGGGCGGUUGAAUCCUAGGUAAUAAUAUGAAAGCCACAGUUUGGUGCACCAAAAAAACCCACAAAUGGCAUAUGUUAACAAAAGUGUGCUAGGGCAGCCUACCUUUCUUGUCGUGGAUAAAACAAAUGUCCCUUAAAAGGCAGAUUUUCAUAUCAUUGCUCAUGGGCACAACAGUCAAAUGCUGAUUGUUCCAUCUUCCGGUUCAGAAAAUAUGCAAUAUUAUGUAGCAAGGUCACUGUAGAAAAAUGCGGAAUACAACGGAACCUCAGUUGUCGAACGUAAUCCGUUCCGGAAGACUGUUUGACUUCUGAAACGUUCAACAACUGAGGUGCAAGGGGUUGUCAGCAAUUUCCAUUGAGAAAAUGAAAAAACACGCAGCAGAAGCCGUUCGACUUCCGAGGCAUGUUCAAAAACUGAAGCAAUUACUUCCAGGUUUUCGGAGUUCGGGUUCUGAAACGUUCAGCUUCCGAGACGCUUGAAAACCAAGAUUCCACUGUAGAUGACUCUAAGCACUGCUACCGACCUACUGUGCCAUUCAUAAUACAUAGUUAUUCUGUUUCUAAUUUUUAACAUAUAUUGCUUUUGAAGGUCACAGAAGUUAAAGGCCUUGCUACUCACAUCCUGGUGGGAAGUGUUACCUGCGAAACAAAAGAGUUGUUUGCUGCUCAGCCUCAAGUUGUUGCUGUGGACAUCAAUGACCUCGGCACAAUAAAGCUGAAUCUGGAGAUCACCUGGCAGUAAGUGAAGCUGACUUGGUGGCUGUGCGAAUGGUGCUUCAGAUCAAGUGGGUUCCUGCCUCCCUGCCCAUAGUCUUUUGCUUCUCUAAUAAGGAGACUGAAGAAAAGACUUGCUGUAAACUAAGAUUAGUAAUACGAGACAAAAACCAUAAGGUUUCAUAUUUCAAUAUGUACUUUGGCCCUCCAUGACUGUAAAAUGUAAACCAGUAGGUCAUAGUUAUUCCAGAUUAAUUAGCACAGAGUACCAGAGGGUUAUCCUGUGAAUGUGUUAUUUACAGAGACUCACUGGGAAGAUGAUGGAGGUCCCUGCUCUGAUGACCUAAAAAUGAACAGAAAACAAGGGCUCCUUGUAACAGUAAUUCAGUCUAAUGAGAGGCUUUUUCUUUCUUCUCUUUUUACAGCCCAUUUGAUGUUGAGGACUUGACCCCAUCCGCAGGCAACACAAACAAAGCAUCCGCUCUCCAAAGGAGAGUGUCCAUGUAUAGCCAAGGCACUCCAGAAACCCCGACCUUCAAGGAUCACUCAUUCUUUGUAAGUUCAAUGUGCCUCUCUAAUACGGUCUCAGUGGAUAAAUAACAGUUAUAGUCAAUGCAUAGUUUCACACCACUUUGUGAUUACAUAAGUUCAAUGCUGAUGCUCCUCAGUGCUCUUCUAAGCUUUUUUAAAGCAAAACAAAAUUAUUUCUAACUUCUAAUAACCACUAUUAAAAUACCUGUCCCCUUUAACUAUGAUAGCGGCUGUUAAUAGAUCCCUUGCUAUUACCCGAGUUGCAGUAAUAUUUUUAACAUUUUACCUUAAUAUGUGUAUUCUUUAUUUGUAAACAAUCUACUGCUUUAUUGAUAAACUGUUGCACAUAAAAAAGCUUCAUUGCAGAGAUAAUAAUAAUAAUAAUAAUAAUAAUAAUAAUAAUAAUAAUAAUAUAUUAUUUAUACCCUGCCCAUCUGGCUGGGUUUCCCCAGCCACUCUGGGCGGCUUCCAACAAAAGAUGAAAAUACAUUAAAACAUCAGUCAUUAAAAACUUCCCUAAACAGGGCUGCCUUCAGAUGUCUUCUAAACAUCAGAUAGUUGUUUAUUUCUUUGACAUCUGAUGGGAGGGCGUUCCACAGGGUGGCUGCCACUACUGAGAAGUCCCUUUUAUUGGAUGGCCAUAAAUUUGCUUUAAGGGGAGGGAGCUGAAGGCAGUAGCAGCAUAAACAUACAUUUGAUCAUUUAAACUUCAAGACUACUUUAAACAUAUAUAUUAGUUGCACACGAUCCCAAUCCCCGAGCAGUGCAAGAUUCCAGGGUUUGUGUUUCCUUUUGGAAGUGAGGCACUGCAGAGACUGUGGUGUCUUUAUGAUAUAUGGUUUAUUUGCUGACAUAUAUACAACCUGAGCCUGCAGUGGAGGGCUUUGCAGCAUGAACACCCCAAACGGGUCUUGUUUCCCCCAUACAGUAGUCACAGCCUUGGAUUCAAGCAGAGGUCCAGCAUGGCGCUCUCUCUCUCUCUACUUUUUGCUUUGCUUCUAGGUCAUAUCACAGCCAAACUCAACUCUAAACUCUGGAUUUUGUCCUUCCCACUAGCUGCAAGUUGAGGGAGAGCCCUCAAUCAUUUGCCCUUUCCUUUGUUUUCCAAAUAGAUUAUCACCCAGGCAAUGACCUCAUCAGGAAGCCAGCCUGGCUUUAUUUUAACAAGUACUGGAUCCAGGGGUUCAGGAAUCUAGCCUGGCUUGAUUAGCUUUUAACACUUAUUGGAUCCAGAGAUCAGAAGGCUUGAUCAGAUUUUAACACUUGUUGGAUGCAGGGCUUAGAGGCAUCUGGCACCCACAAACUCAGAACAACAUAUAUAAUAUAAUAUAUAUAUAUAUAAUUUAUUACUGUUGCAGCUCCCUAUAGAGGCCUUUGACAUGUUCUAAUUUUCAAGAGUUGCUUUAGCCAAAGAUUCCUAUAACGUACAGUCUCAUAUAAAAGUGAUUCAGUUGAACUAAUUGCUUCCUUUUUGCUUAAUGGUUGAAGAAAUGGCUGCAUCCUCCACAAGACAGGCUCCAGCUUUCCAUUUUAGAUCCUCUGCAGGAUGCUUUCUUUGACAAGCUGCGCCGCAGUCGUUCCUUUAGUGAUCUGCUGUCUCUCAGGCUGAGACCUAGAGCAGGGCUAGAACAUUAUGUGAGUCUGAAUGGUGGGAGCUCUCUUUAUAAGUUAUCUCCCUGCAUUGCUCAAGCAAUUACUCUUAUUUUCAUGCUUGCCCAGAUUCUGAUACUCUCAGUGAGAUCUGUCCAGUUUGCUGACCAUGUGUUGAAAAAAAUUAUUGUACACUCACGCUUGGAAUUAACUGAUGUUCAUGGUUGACCUUAGUUUUGUAACCUCUUUUUAGACAAGAGGUCAAGAGAAAACACAUGAGCAUCGGAAGAAGACAUAUAUACAUGUAUGUAUGUAUAUGUGUACAGUGGACACUCGGGUUGCGAACGUGAUCUGUGCGUGAUGCAUGUUCGCAACCCGCAGUGUUUGCAACCCACAUCUGCAUGUUUGCGAUUUGGUGCUUCUGCGCAUGCGCAACUGCUAAAACCUGGAAGUAACCCUUUCCGGUACUUCUGGGUUUCGGCAGUCUGCAAACCGGGAGAAAAAAACGCAACCUGAAGCAGCUGUAACCCAGGGUAUGACUCUAUGUACAUUGAAGGGGCUCAUAUCUUGUAAACAAUAUUCUGGCAAUAUUCUAUAUGCAGGAUAGAAAGAAAAUUUAAAUGGGGACCAAUUUUACUGAAAGGCAGGAUGAAAAUAAAAUAAAUUUGAUGCAGACUAGAAAUUAAUUGUUCAUAUUUAUGCCCCAUUGGGGUUUGAGGCUGUUUCUCUUUGAAACAAAAUACCAAAGAGAAACAACCUCAAACUUGAAAAGUAUGCCUCAGUUUAGUGUGAAAAAUGCUGAGCAAGAAGAGAAAGAUAUUCUCUAACACUUUCACCUAUUAUCUGUCAACACGUAGUAAUAUCAACAAAGUCAUGCUACAUGGCAUUACAGUAUUCCAUAUACAUAUUUUGCAUAUGGCCAGCAAACACAAAUCUUUUUGUUCCUCUGUUUUGUGCAUGAAGUUAAGUAAGUUUGCAGUACCUCUCACAGAACAUCACUUCAGGAUUGGUUUAGAACCUUCCUAUGCUCAUUCUACACCAACUCUGAUCUUUUCUGUUUGCUGUGCUUUUUUCUGGCCUACUGAUAUCUUCCUGUACAUAUCAUUUCAUUUUUGAAAAAUCAGUAUAAUAAAAGGUAAGUUUCUUUUACAAAUAGGCUUCAAAUAAAUCAAUUGACCUUUAACACUUUUCCAUUUUCUGCUAGUGGCUUAGCGUUAAUUUUGUGUGGAAAGUUUUUCCGCUUUCCAUCUUUAACUGUUCUUGUUUACAUUUGCAGUCAAAUUCACCUAAUGAUGUCUUUGAAAAUGGGACGGCAGAAAAUGAGAAAAGGCCAAUGUCGUUCAGCUUCAGUGAUAUUCCCAAUGGAGAUUUCACUCAAUCAUCCAGUUUGAUGGAUUCCUGCACCAUAGAUAACCCUAAUCCUGAAAUUACUGUCACGCCCCCAGAACACAAUGUGCAGAAGUUAUCAAAAACUCGCACCAUGGACAAUAUCAGUACAAGCUCAUCUGUAGACUCUACACCUGAAUCCAGAGACUUAAAACCACAAGAGCAUGUGCUAGUGAAUGAGGAAAAUAAGAUUUCGUGCAUAGAUUCUGAAGUUUGCCAAAAGUCUCUAGGUUCAAGAAGCAGCAACCUGUUCUUAGAUAAUAGUGCCCAGGUAUCACUUCUGCAGGACACAGAUGAGUUGUCAGAGCUCAAGCCUGUGGAACUGGAUACUUUUGAAGGCAACAUCACAAAGCAGCUGGUUAAAAGACUCACUUCAGGAGAAUGCCCAAUGACACCUGAAAAGCUGCACUGUGAGGGGUCAAUAAGUGGUGAAUCGGAAGGCUAUAAAUCUUGUGUUGACGGAAGCCUAGAAGAAGCAUUUCAGGGACUUAUUCUAGCACUUGAACCUCAUAAAGAACAAUUUAAAGAAUUUCAGGAUUUGGACCAAGAAGUAACACACCUAGACGAAAUCUUAAAAGUAAGUUGUCAGGCAUCCUCGCUUUUAACUUUCUUGUAUCUCUUGAAUACUGUUGUUGUUGUUGUUGUUGAGACAGGCCUUUGCAGCUGUUCAGUUUUUGAUUAGUUAGUCAUCUGAAUGAUUAUCUGUAAUUUUUUCUUUUAAAUGAUGUUUUCUGUUUUAUAGUGUACACUGCCUUGUACACUAUACAGAACCUCAGUUUUCGAAUGUAAUCCGUUCCGGAAGACCAUUCUGAAACGUUCGAAAACUGAUGUGCAAAGGGCGGUCUGCAAAUUUACAGAGAAAAUUGAGAAAAAUACAGUGGUACUUCAGUGGAAGCCGUUCGACUUCCGAGGUGCGUUGGAAAAUGGAAGCAUUUACUUCCAGGUUUUCAGCGUUCGAGUUCUGAAACGUUUGUGAACAGAGACAAUCAAAAACUGAGGUACUACUGUAGCUUUAUUUAUAAAUAAAUAAAUUAAAAGUGAAUACCAGACAUUUAUGUGACUAAACUCAAUGAGCACCCAGCUCACACAAGUAGACUACACCAAUGGUAGAAAGUACCCCACAAAUAUACUAAAUUUGUAUCUUCUGUACUGACAUAUUAAAAAGAUUAUAAAAUUAUAAAAGAUGUUAUAAUUAAAAACAAGUGUCAACGAAAAGUUAUUUCAUUGGUUGGCAGACAACUUCCAGACAGCAUAAGAAUCUACAAGGAAAAGAUUUAUGUCACAUAUUGUGAAAAACUGUAUUGUUGAAUCUGGUAGUUUCAGGAAGAUGCAGAGGAUUUCUUCUUUGUUAUUAAAAUAUAUAUAUGUUUCUAUGUCUUUUUGUUGCGGGUGGGGGAGUGAGAGUGUAUGGAUUCAUCAGCUCCCUUAUCCUCACAUAUUCAUUUUGCUUUUCCUGUUGCAGUGCAGACCAGCAAUCAGUCACAGCAGGUCAUCCAGCCUAAGCCUAACAGUUGAGAGUGCACUGGAAAGUUUUGAUUUCCUCAACACCUCUGACUUUGAAGAUGAUGGUGGUACUGACGAGCUUUGCAAUGGCGGUCGAGGCACUGACUGUGUAUUCUCAGAUACGGAAGUUGAGAAAAACAGGUACGGAAGCCAAUAUCUUGUUCUUUUCUUACGUAAGCCCAAACUCUCGCACUUGUCCUUUCAGUCCUGGCGCACACACAUUGUUAAAGGAAGAUUAAACUAAAUAUUGGGCUUUAUAGAUAAGCGAUUUCCCUACAGAGCAAUUAUAAUUAAGUUUAGAAGAAAACAACAACAGCUGGUAGAACAUGAGACUCUUAAUCUUAGGGUUAUGGGCUCGAGCCCCAUGUUGGGCAAGAAGAUUCCUGCAUUGGUAGCUUCCCUGCUGCUGCUUUAAAAUUAGUCAGCACAACUAUUAACACCCUUUAGCUUUUCUUAAAUCCAUCUAUGAUCCACUUUCCACUGAGAAAUACUGGAACAAUUGUUUAAAGAGUGAAACAAUCAUUUAAACCUUGAGAUUUGCAUUAUUCUGUAAAUAAGUAAAUAACUGGGAAACCUGAGUUCUGUGCCUGAAACACCUGAUGAAAUCAUCAUGUCUUCUGCUUCAAUGACUUGUGGGUUGUUGUUUAUUAAUUUCUUGGCUGGCAAUUAAUCAUGUGCUAGUAGAGCACUGACAGAUUAAGUCUUAAUUGUAUAACUUUUCAAAACCACUAAUCUAGAACCCAGUGAAAUCUGCAAAUCCAUGUUGUCAACAGAUCAGGGUGGCUGGUGCAUUUUAAUUAUUUUUUUUUUAAGAAAGCAAGUUCUAAUGAAGGCCGAUUUCAAAGACUUCACAGCGAGAGCUCUUUACAAAAGGGGCAUUGUUUGAGAGAAACAAGUAGGCCACUGUGGAAGCCAUAUAUCCUUUAAAUGUGGACACUUACUUGGCACAGGCUACCUUGUGCCACUGCCAGUUUUGAGGUAUGAUGCUUUCAUUAAAAGCCUUUUGGCCUCGCGAGGGCUUUUUGGUUACAGGUCGGUGCUUUCAACAAUCCCUCUUUUGCGUGGUGUUAGUCAUGUUGAGCCUGCAUAAAAAGAAAUCCAAACCACUCACUUACCUCCCAGCAUGAACAGUUACAGGUCAGAACACCCAGAAGCCAGGGGGCAUCUCAGCGAAGCAUUGACAGAAGACACAGGAGUUGGUACCAGUGUCGCUGGAAGCCCUCUUCCGUUGACCACAGGGAACGAAAGCCUUGAUAUCACCAUAGUCAAGCACUUACAGUACUGCACACAGCUUAUUCAGGUACCUAUAGUGGGGUGUUUUUUUGGGGGGACCCCCUAAACCCUAGAAAUUAAAAAAAAGUUAGGAUUUUGAUUAUUUGGGAUGUGAAGGGAGAAAUACAAGCUGCAGAGGAAUUCCUGGGCUAGGUCUUGCAAAAAACAACUUGGGCAAGCUAGAGCCAUUAAGAAACAAUACAGAGCCAUUGAGGGCCGUUGGCAAUGCAAGAGAACUGUCGCUCCCUCCCCUUGCCCUGAGGUGUAAGAAGACUGGGGGGUUGUAAGGUUGCCAGGGUAACUGGGUGUGAGGUGACAGGAAAAGAGACUUGAGCAAGGGUUGCUGGGAUCCAUCUUGAGCAGGCUGGCUGGGAGAAAUGCCUUGAACUUCUCAGCUGCACUGCUGUGGGAGACAAACCCCUCUUGAAAUGACCAUUCUAUGAGAUCUAGACUCCAUGCAGACUGAAGGUGUAAAUAGAAAUAGAAAUAAACCAUAUUUCUUAAUGCCAUGACAGUCUCCACCGUGUCUCAAUUCUCCAAAGGCCCACAGAACCUCUGAGUGCCUAGAACUCUAUGGGCUCUUGCCACUGCUUGGCAGAGAGAGGGAGGCACCCAACUUCUGUAACAUGUGUGUGUGUGUUUUGUUGGGAGGGGAUUGAAAACUUGGAAUGAUGGGGUGGAAUAUCUUGAAAGAUGGCAUGACUGGAUGGAAUCCUGAGCAGGACAACCUCACACUGCAACACGUCAUUGCAGAUCCCAUCUAUAGAAUAAAAUACUAUUUUUGCUUGUUAAAAUACACAUGCUUCCGCAUUACACACAUCAGCAGAAUUAAUCUAAGUUCUAUCCAGAGAAUUUAUUAUACAUAACGUGCUAAAAUUUUGCUCUUCUUUUAUUGUUUCACUAGCAAAUUGUAUUCUCCAGUAAAACUCCCUUUGUGACAAGAAACCUCCUUGAUAAGCUGUCCCAGCAGGUUCUAGUGAUUGAGAGUCUUGCAGAGAUCAGCAAUGAGAACACUGGGAACAUCAGACCUGUAAGCGAAGGUAAGACCUGGCAUAGACAGUUUCCAUUUGAAAGGAUGGGUACCUAUUUAAAUAUUCCUUAAGCAUGGUGUGCAAUACAGUCCUGUAUUCACAAGUAUUUAUUCAGGGUGUGUUGUUUUUAAAGUGUGUUCACGAUAAUUGGAUUAUUCAUGUCCACCAGAUCAUUGAAACAGCCAUAUUUCUAAGGACUAUAAAACAGAUUAGCAGUUUCUGUUUCCUGUACUACAUGCAUCAUAGGCUUUAGUCAUAGGUUAGGAAACAAAAAUGUUGAAAACUGAAAGAAAUUAUUCAUUUCAGAAGUGAAAUGCAUUUUCACAAACAUUUCCUAGUGUAUUAUCAAUGCAUAUCUCUGCUACCAUGUGGGCUAGAUGGAAGUUUGCUUCUUCCUUUUUUUAAAACAACGAGAUCUGAAAUUCUUAAGAAACCAAACCCUUUACAAUAGUGCCUGGAUGUGCAGAAAAGCAAUAGCCCUAGGUUAAGGUCAGUUUCUGUUGUAAGCACAUACAAUCCAGUCAAGCUUGUGAGCCAUUGAUUUUCAAUAGAAAUGUACAUGGUUAACCAUGGAAUCAAUGGGAUAAAGGUGCUUAGAUUGACCUGGAUCCAUGUCCAAAGUAUACAAAGGGUGAUUAGCAAUUGAAUUAUGGUUAUCCUUUUCAAAUCAGAACAAAUCUGCUUUUGCCUUUUAGAUUUUUCACUCCGAAAAGCCAGUGCAACCCUUAUAAUUUCAAAUGAAAUUGGCAUUUUCAGUCCGUGUUCCUUCAGUGGGGCCUCUUAAGCUUUGCAAACAUUCAGCUGUAAUUAGAAUAUUUAUCUUCCUUAUACUGAAAGCAGUGACAAUCUCUCUUUUGUGAUCUUCUUUCCAUUCAGCAAUUCCGGAAUUCCAGAAAAGGGUCUCUCUGCUUUCCUUCUGGAGUAAAUGUACCAAUCCUUCUGGGUUCUACCACAUCUCUGCUGACAAGAUGAUCAAGCAACUGGAUGCCAUGUUCGCUACAACGCUGAAUGACGAGUGCCCGGGACUUGCAGAAACAGGUACAGUUUUCCAGUGUGUUUCUAUAGUAGCAGCAAAGAGCAUCAGUCUCAUUGAUGAUGUCUGCAAGAAAUCUCUGCAGCAGAAAUCAUGGCUACUGACAGCUAUAUUAAGUCUUUCAAAGUUGCUUGCUGACAUUAGCACACUGAAAUAUUUUGUUAUAUUUCCCAAAAUGCAAAAUGACUUAACCCAAACAAAGGGCUUUUGGAAGCACAAAUAUUGAUUUAGUUGAUGAUUUAUAUAAACUAGCGUAUCCAGUCAGGCAAAAAUUGCUACUCUGCUGCAGUCUUCCAGUUACUCGUCUUUUGUUUUAUAAUACUUGCAGAUAGAUAUGCUUUGUGUGCAUUUUCCAGCAGAUUCUGGAGAAAUAUAGGUUUCCCUUACAAAAGUAGCAAGCUUCUAUUAAUCAAAAAACCCAUUAGCUGGCUCGCAGCUGAGUUUUGGCCUACCAGAAUGCCUUAGAUCCUCUCAAAUUGCCUAUUGGCUAGCUGCAACAAAACAUGUCUCUCCCGUAUCAGUCUCUGCAGUCACAGAAGGCACUGUAACUCCCCAAUGGUUUAAUUUCACAGUCCUCCAUUGUCUCCCAAGAGACAGCUACCACCAGGCUGGCGCCAUUGCUUGGCCACACAUUUAGCAAUAACUGAGCUGUUGAAUGUGGUACUUAAUACUGAACUACUACUACUACUACUACUACUACUGCUACUACUACAGGUUGAUCAAAUUGAGGGUCAAAGUGGUGCUGUUGGUUUCCUUUCCAAGUCCUGCUCCUUCCACCCUCUACCUACCCCAUGUCCACUGUUUUUCCACGUUGAAGUUUAUUCCAUGAGGCUUUACUCUCAUUUACAACACUCGGGCCUUGUUCUGUAUGCUUGUAACUGUUGCCCACACCGCCUGUGUGCUACCACCUUUUUAUUUGCUUAAAAUCCCUCAUAAAAACCCAACUUUUAUGUAACGCGUUUGCCUCAGUUCCUUAGUCGUUGUGUUCUACUGUUACUUAGAGAGCAAUCCUAAGCCCUGAUCCACUGCCUGCAGGUAAUUAAGAUGGGACAGAGGUGCCUCUCUGCUGGUAGAGAGCAGCUCUGAGCUGGGGGCAUGUCCACAGAAGAGACGCGCAUAAAGCACUCUUUGUUUCUGCUGGUCAUAGGUUAGGGUUGCCAUGUUUCAAAAAGUGAAAAUCCGGACACAAAAGUAGUUAAGCUUCCACCCCACCCCCCAAAAAAACCCCCUAAAAAUAAUAACGAAUUUUUGAGUUAAGUAAAUUUGCCAAAAUCUACACUCCUGACAUGAGUUGCCAUACAUCCAGAUUUUCCCAGGCAUUUCAGUGAUUCCUGCCCAGACACUGCUUCUGAUGACUGAAUCCUGGGCAUGUCUGGGAAAUUCUGGAUGUGUGGCAGCCCUAUCAUGAGUGCCAGUAGCAGGGUGAAGGUAGGCUCUGUUGCACUAGGGGAGGAAUGUGACUCAAAAGCAACAUCCGCAUUCACUGUACCAUGACUUGCAAACUUGCAAACUUAUUAAAUCAGCACAGUGCCUCCUAGAAUUUUAAUCUGCUUUUUUUUUAUCUUGUCACCACAGUGUUCAAAACCUUGGUAUCACAUAUCUUGGAUCGAGCGGAGCCUGUCCUUUCCUCUAGUCUGUCCUUGGAAAUCAUAACAGUUUUCCAGUAUUACAACUAUUUUGCCAACAAAAAUGUCCACGAUCUGGCAAAUUAUUUGCUUCAGCUUGCAAGAGAAGGUAAGGAUGAUCAUACGGUUUCCUAGGGAAGGUUAUCUUUAAAAAAAAAGCACAGCAUGAAAUAAUUCCAUUUGCUGCUCCAAAGAAUCCAGGAGUAUGUUUUAAGUUAAGAUUCACAAUGCACACAUGAACGGUGUGCUUUGAACUGAGACAAAAACACCACCUUUUGAUACUACGGCUGGGGGAAAUCUGAAGAUCAACUCAUGGGCUCUCCCUGAAUAGCAAGAUCUGCUAUGUGUUAAUUCGCAUAAAAACCAUACACAUUCACACACAAACACAUAACUUCUAUUAGCCGAGAGUCUUGAAGCUAUUGCGAAUGAUGUAAUGUAAAGUCUGUUUUAGUUGAAGGGUGAUAGUUCGGUGGUAGAACACAUAAUGUCCCAGGGUCGAUUUCAGCAUUUCAAGGCAGGUCAGUGAAAGAGUGCAAUGCAAAACUCAGCCAAGCAGUAUACAUUACACUGAGUUAAAUGGACCAAUAGUUAGGCUAGCUUCCUGUGUAAACUCUGCAGUUUGCCACAAGGUGUCCCAUAUCAAAGAUGCCAGCAAAACAACCUGGAUGGUUGAAGAAAGUAAGAUGACUGUUAAACUAAUUUUGACUUAUGGAGGCUGCUGGAAAAACUCACGGUUGAUCCAGUUCCUCACAUAUUCCUUAAAAUUUUCUGUGUUCAGGUUUUGUUUUUUGGUUUUGGUUUUAAAAAGAAGAGCACUUUUGGAGAUGAAUGAAAGUGGAUUUCUAACCAGUAGCACAGUAAAAAGCAGCAAGGUUUCCUGUGCCCUGUCCAAUGAGCUGCAAAAGAAUUGGGCUAAAGGACAAGCACUGGACACUUGAUAUUUUUUUUAAAAAAAAAGGUUUGGGGAUUUUUUAAUAAUCUACAUGCAAUAGAAUUAACAAUUGCAAACAAAUUUGGCAAGAUAUAUUUAUGCUCUAUUGAUUCUCCCUCCUCUGCCAUCAGUCCCUUUUACCACAGAAUUUCUGGCUAUGGGCUUUAAAGACAUGUUGGCCGCUCCAGGUGAUCGCAGUGACACCUAGAGUGCCUCGUCCUCAUUAUGUGGAUGAAGUUGCCAGACUUCCUGGUAGCAGUUGGUAGUGAUGUGGAUGCUGCCUUCCAAUGAAGGCAAUCCACAAACUGAUUCUAGACUUUGCCGUUACUAUAUGGAGUAGCUUAAACACAUGCGAAAGCUUGGACACCUGUUGCUGGAACUCACAAGCACUCAGGUCCUGCUUGCAGGUGUUCAAUAACCACCUGGUUGGCUAUGACUUUGAGACCAGGAUGCUGAACUAGGUGGGCCUGUGACAUGAUCUUACGUUUGUAUGUUGUCGCUGUCUUUGUGUGGUGAACCUAAGCAUGCCCUAACUUAGAGCGACAUUCUGGUUCCAUUUCAGCCUUAAUGGUGCAGACUCUACAGUCCUUAAGAGAUGAAAAGUUCUUGCAGAAUAAAGCCACUUUAACCUCCUUCAGCCUCCCACCUCAGCAAGAAGUACUGAAAUCCUUGGCUCUCCUCCUCCUGACUGAAAACAAAAGGGAGACCCACGAGGCUGUGGCAUCUUUGUUGUCGGCUGCAGCAGAAGACAAGGACUUCAGGGAAAAGGUAGGCACAAUUGGAAACGGUAACAAAAUUAUGAGUACUGGGGUAGAGCUGUUAGAUUUCAGCUAGGGCAUUUCUCUGAGGCUAUUAAGGCUUCAUAGAGAGGGAGGGAAUGCUCUAGCAAGACAGGGCGGUCUGACAUUUCAUAUCAAGUAGGCCGCAAGAGUACUUUGACCCAGAACCCAUGGUCCCUAUGCUGCCUUGUAUGGUGGGGGGAGCAAGGCCAAAAUUUGAUGUGUCGCCCCCAGCCCUCAUGCUGCCUUCCCAAAGCUAAGUGAGGCACCAGGCUCUGUGAAAGAGGUGUUAGUCUCUGGCAGAGUCCUAGAGGCCUUCCACCUCCUUCCCAAAGGUGGGAAAGUGCUAGUUAGGCUUUGGGAAGGAGGAUGGAGGAUUCGAGGACCCUGUCAGAGCUCUCACACCUCCUUCCUAAAGCUCCAUGCCUUGCUUACCUGGCUUUGAGAAGGCAGCGGGAGGAAGGGCCUCCAAUGUUGCUGAGGACCGGACCACCCUGAGUUAGGAAGUGGGGUUGGGACAAUAGGACUGUUUAGCCCCAGUUCCAAGCAGCAGCAUGUAGAGAAACAGCAUCUCUCUAUAUAUAACCCCAGCUGGGAUAGCUCAGUCGGUAGAGCAUGAGACUCUUAAUCUCAGGGUCGUGGGGGCAAAAGAGACCUUUGUUGAAAGGAGUUGGACUUAGAUGUCCGUCAGGGUCCCUUCCAACUCUAUGAUCCUCUACACCCAGGGAAGCACUGCUUCAGGUAUUGCAUUGAUUCAUUGUGAGUUUGGAUUAGGGCCCUGGUGUAAAGGUAUUCAGGCUUUUUACCUCUGUUUUUGAUUUCAGAUUGCAUUAGUUAGGUGGUGGUUUUGCUAUAAUUGUUGUUAAUCCUAAUUUAUCUUGGUUUAAUAGUUUUGAAUUGGAAUAAGUAAGCUGCAUGCACCACACAUAUGCCCAUAAUUUGGAAUGGCCCCUGGAGCACAUAAUCUGCUUUAGUUACUCCUUCGUAUGGGGAACCACAUGUUGCUGAACUGCAAUGCCCUUCAUCCUUCAUCAUUGCCCAUACUGGGUGGGGCAGAGUUGGAGUCCAACAACAUAUGGAGGACUGCUGGUUCUCAAUCUUUGCCUUAAGUGCUGCCUUAAGUCUUUCUGUGAGAUGCAGUUACAGCUUCCUCCUCAUUGCCUCCCUCUUUCUCCCCCUCCCAGGCUUUAAUUUAUUACUGCGAAACCCUUGCACAGCCCAGCCUCCACCUGCAGAAGGCAGCUUGUCUGGCCCUGAAAUGCCUCCAGGUAAAGUUUGCCUUCUUUUCUUUCCCAGGCACAACAAAAGGUCAAGCAACAGCAAGGGUUUCAAUAGCCCCUCUUGAGCAAACAGCAACAAUCAGAGUCUUGUUCUUCUGCAUUAGCCAUCCUGGUAUUACUUUGCAAAAGUGAGGAUAUUAUUUUUUUUGCACAAGUAAUUUAGAACCUUGAAGUAUCUCCAGGAUGAGAAGUGUGAACUGUGCGUGAGAACUCUUGCCCCUUUAGGAGGUGCACAGACUUAACUUAUGAUCAGAAAACUAAUGCUUACGCGUAGAACAACAACAACUAGUUAUGGAGGACACAGGAAAAUAGGGAAGGAGGGCUUUGCCAGUGCAGUAGCACUAAGUUCUGCCGUUGCACCUACAUUUGGACUAGGAUCUGUUUAAAUCACUAUCAUGUUGUGGUUUUUGUACUUCCAAACAAAACCACCACAUAGAUUGUACCACCAUUUCAGUUCACAAGAAGUACUGGGGCAGAGCGAUUGCACCAGUGAUUGUGGGCGGGGUGUGUGGCAGAUCCACUGCUAUUUCCCAAGCCCUGCUCGGUCAUGGCAGCCAGGGCAGAAAGAGAUGGCGGCGUGGGAAACCAGUUGUUUUUCCUCCUCUCCCACUGCCUACAUAACUGCUGGCCUAGCUUCCAGCUCUGUUUGGGAAGGGGUUGUUGGAAGAAUGAAAACGCUGAGUAUCCUGAGGCAGUGGCAGAGCUGGGUGCUCCAGCACCCAGAGCAGCACACAUGCCAUGCACGCGGGGCCGGGCGAUCCGCCCACGGGGGCGAGGACAAUCCUCCCCAGGGGCAGGGUGAUCUGCCCAUAGGGCUGACUGGCACAGCUGCGUGAUCCUCCCUGGGGGCAGAUCUCGGCAUAGGGGUGCGCUGAAUGUUAACUCCUUCAGGCUGAAGGGGGUGACAUUCAGCACACACCCACCCCAAGCCUACAGCAAGCUGGGGGAAGGGGGAGAGCCGCAGCAGCUGCUUUGCCGCUUGCCACUCACUGGGCUUGGGGGAGUCGUGCCAAAUGUCACCCCCCUUCAGGAUGACACCCAGGGUGAGAUGACACCCAGGGUGACCCACACACCCCUUCCUACGCCCCUGUUCUGAGUUUCCUCAGCCCCCCCCCAAUAUGCUCCAAACACUCCCCGUUUUAGGCCUCACUAGUGGUGGAGCACUACCUACAGGAUAUCCGAGACUAUAGCAUUGCACCCUAAACUUCGCUUAACCUGUGGGUGCAUUGCCUAAUCUCAGGGAAGACAGAAUUAAGAGCAAGUCAUGAAAUGACCAACAUGAAAUGACCCUACAGAGAAAUUUGCCUGUAUACACCCAAAUCAGCUGCAGAAUGCCACUGUAAUACAGAAUUAACGAAAGGUUUUUAGUAAUAACCUUUUAGUUAUGACAAAUGUGGCUCUUGUAGCAUAGUGGUAGUUUAGUAGUAAUAAAUCUAUCGUUGUGAAUAAUAGUCAUUUUAAGAGCGUUUGUUCAUAAUGCAAUAAGGUACAUAAGACAGUAAGACAAAAGUUAACAAAGCUCGUGAAAGAGAACCUAGGACCUGCAACAGCAUUUCCUGCAGGGAUCCAGCUGACGUGAGCUGUUUAUCUUUUCCUUGACUGUUUCGUGCAUCUUCAGUUUCAUGCCACAAGCGCUACCAAAAUGUAUCAGGUGUCUCCCAAUGGAGGGAGCAGAUCCACACGAUAUUUCAUUUUGCAUGUGGCUCUGCUGUCCCCACUGAAAUUACGUAGUGAGGAAAGUCAUAUGUGGAUAAAAGCCCUUCUCUGUUGCACUCUGUGGGUGCAUCACUGACAACACAUGUGGGAUUCUGGAUUUGAGCUCUGAGCUUCUACAGAGAAAUUGCAAACUCCAGAUGAGUUCAUAAAAUGUUUCACACAGAUUUGAACAACUGGACAGAGAAUCAGUGAUUAUCAUAAACCAUUUGGAACGAGAAUAGAAAAUAAUUAACUUGUUUAUGUUUUUGGUAUAGGCAACUGAAAGUAUUAAAAUGCUAGUCACGCUUUGCCAGUCUGACAAUGAAGAGAUCAGGAAGAUUGCCUCUGAAACCCUUCUUUCUCUUGGUAGGUUGACUAACUUUAUGCCAUUACACUAUUAAAUAAAUAAAUAAAUAAAUAAGAGAGUAAAAGCAAACUGAUGAAAAAAUGGGACAAAAGCAGAGUGUGGGGUGUGGGUAAUAGAAGAGCAAUGACAAAGAGAAACUAGGAAGCACUAGCACAGUACUGGUGAUUCCCAAACUCUUAUUUCUCCAUAACAUCUGAAUCAGGAGAGGCAGUUAAAGCCCUCAAUCUGUGGCUGGAUGCAAUGGUGGGCUGGACUGAACAGUCAGUGAACUCAGCUUGGACCCUAGGAAGAUGGGGUUGGUGGGUGGGUGGCUCCUACAUGCGGGAGAUAGAUCUGUCACCUGUUCUGAUUGGCGUUGCACUCCCUCUGAGGGAGCAAGUCCGCAGUCCUCUGUGGCUAGGGGUGCUUUCUACAAGCUCUGGCUACUAUGCCAGCUGUUACAGUUCCUGGAACACAGUAGCUUAACCGCAGUGACCCACGCAUUGGUAACAUCGAGACUUGAUUACUGUAGCACACUUUAUGUGGGGCCACUCUUGUAUCUGGUUCAGGAGUUGUAGCUAGUACAGAACACAGCAGCCAAACAGCUCACAGGAGCAAAUUACUGGCAGUGUGUUUACUCCUCUGCCGAGAUGUGCCCUGGCUGCCUAUUUGCUUGAGCUAGCUUCUUUUACUAAUUCUCAAAGCCCCCCAAAAAACCCUUGGGCUCAAAGUAUCUUAAGGACCAUCAGAUCCCUUAUCCUCCAUCUAAUCACCGAGAUCCUCUGAUGGGGCAUUUCUUCCACACCCGAGGUUUGGUCAGCCUUUAUUAGGGACUGAGCCUUUACUGCGGCAGGCUCUGCUCUGCAGAACUCCCUGUGGUAGAGGUUCAGCAGGAAUUAUUCCUGUCCUUCCUUCAGCAUCUCCUAAAAGCAGUGCUGUUCAGACAGGCCUUUGCAAUGCAAAUUUCUUUUUCCCAACCAACAUUUAUUGCUUUUUUAAUAGACGCUUUUAUUGCUCCAGCUGUUUUGUAUGGUAUAUACCUCUUUGUUGGGGUCUGCAAAAGUGGAACUUUACAAAUUUUUAAAUCCAUAAAUUUGCAGCCACUAAACAACAGCACCUAACCUUCCCUUAAUGCAGUGCUUCUCAAAGGGUGUGGCAGGAAAGAAUGGCAAGCAUGGCAGGAAGAUUCAAGGACAAUCAGUAUACUGUUUUGGGAAUAAUUCAUGUUCUUACGUAGCUGCAUUGUUUUAUAUUUUCUGGAUGUCCCAUGAUCAUGUUAUAAAGUAGUUGUGUUCUAUGUUAUAAAUCAAGCACUGCUAGUUGUUUUUUUGUUUCCCAAUGUAUUUCUCAAUUUUCAAAAAAUGGGUGUGGCACAAGCAUAUUUUUAUUCUGAAAGUGUAGCCUGGAGAACUUCUGCCUUCAUGCAACAUUUGCCUUGCUUCUCAUUUUUCUCUGCUCAGGAGAAGAUGGACGGUUGGCAUAUGAGCAGCUAGAUAAAUUCCCUCGUGAAUUUGUUAAGGUUGGUGUACGACGUGGGACUGAGGUAGCCACAGCCUUUUAAGAGUUAAAUCUGCAUAUUAACACAACAGCUUCAGAGGCUGGUCUUCUUUAACCACAACGGUGCUGUAGCUGAACUGCAAGAAGAUUCACAGGUGUUCGACGAAGAAGAAUGAAUUUGAGGGCUGUUACUGGCUUCGCUCUGUAACUUAUAAUGAAAACAGUGAUUUGUCACAGAUUGCAGUUGCUUUGCUUUUGAGUGAAACUAGUGAAACUGUAUGUCACUGCCAUACAGUCAGCCUCGGCAAAUACAACAAAAGUUUUGUAAUCAUAAAUGAGGCAUUUUAAAUUGUAUAUGGUGGGUUUUCUGUGGAUAUAAUUGCAUCAGCUUAAAACUUUGUGAUGCUUCCUCUAAAUCAGUGGAAAGGAAAAAGCAAACUGAGUAGGACUUUUAACAGCAGUUCUGACUCCCAUCUGUGCUGUGCCUCAGUAGCCUUCAAGUAUCUCCUGCCUUGUUUUUGUUCUUAGUAGCACCAUUUAGUAUGAACAAUCUUCAGAUGACGGGCCUGACUCUGGAAACAGCUGGAUGCAAACUUCAGGUUUCAGUAAUUCUCUGACUCAUUUCCUGUUUCCAUUCUUGCUCUUUUCUGGCUUCCAGUAAUGACCUCUGAUAAAUCCCAAAUGAUUUUUUAAAAUAAAAACACACACUCUCAAGCAGUCGUGCAGGUUGUAUAAAACAAACAGGUGUUUUCCUUUUUUCCAGAAAGGGCAUAUGGCCACAUUAUACUUUUACAUGAAAACACCGAGAUUUAAUCUUCCUUUCCCUUUCCCUUGACAUUUCAAAAAAGAAUGAGGUUUUGUGCAUUUAUAGCUGGGAGCUACAAUGAUUUCAAUGUAAAAGAGAACAAGUGGUGGAGAUCUCUGGGACUACUUCAAAUUGAGUUGUUCACCCACUCUCCCUAUCUGCAACAAUCAAGGUGACAGACAGCAUGCUAUGAUGCUAGUUUUCUUAGAAGUAAAUCCCAGUGUGCAAUGGUGGUUACUCCCAAGUUAGUAUGCAUGGAUUGUAACUUGAAGGUGUUUUAUUGAAGCCCUCAUCAGACAAUAAAGUUUGAAGCGGCUCAUAGCUCUUCAACCAUUGGGCACUCCUCCUUGGAGACAUACAGAUUGUGAAGUGCUGGUUGUUGGUUUUUUAAAAAUAAAUUUAACAGAAGUCUUUCCCCCCUUUUUUGCCAAAAUGCAUUGGCAAGCCAGUAUUCUUAAUUGUUAAUGUUGUAACACUGUAUAUACCUGUAUAUUAUAAAUUAUAAAUAUUAUCUGAUUAAAAGCUGUACAGUCACUCAAAGGUUUUACUGAAGGGGGAAAGUCUCUUUUAUGAAAUGUGAAAUAAGUAAUUGUGCUCUGGUUUUUACAGCACAUUGCUGCCACAAGCCUACAGUCUUUCAUUGUCGUCUUUUGUAUUGAUUUUUGGCUUACAUUUGCCUUCUAGGUUUGUGGUAUUUGUACUUCUCAUAUAUACGGCUCCUGUUUAAGUUAUAAUAAAGAUUAUUUUUGAAUUACU